CUUGAGGGGGCGGAGGGCGCCGAGAGAGCUGGAAGUUGGGGCUGGCGGGAAGCGAAGGAAGGGGAAACGGCUCGCCAAGCGCCAAAACCCCUUACCUCAGCGAGCCCGAGCGCGGAGGGAAGCCCGGACUCUCCGAAGCAGCAGCAGGUGAGCGAGAAGGGGCGCGCGUCCUCUCCGAGCGGCCGCUCCGUCCGGGCGCUGUGGGCGAGAGCCCUGGAGGCGCGGUUCCCGCGGAGCUCCGCCGCGGAGCGGGUGGGACACGACUCCCCCCCGGGCGGGACGCGCAGCGCCACAGUUCCUCCUCGACCGUCGGCUUGGUUUCUUUCGAGUGAGGGGUGAGACGUGGGAAGCCGUCAAAGGGGGUCCCGGGUGGGAAAGGCUGCUGGCGUUUCCUCGCGUGCUGAUUGCGAAUCCCGCGAGGAAGGUUAACGCUUCUGUUGGCGCGUCGCGCAGACGGGAGGUGCCAAUAAAAUAUGAGGGGGGGGGGCGCACAGGUACGCCCCGCUCCACAUAACUGAUUACAAGACCAUAUGAGUGGCAGUGCGCAUCAACGGGGGGGGGGGAGAGCCUCCAUAUAUAUAUAUAUUAAAAAAGAAUUGCUGCCCCGGCUGCUUUCCCACUUCAUGUCUGCACCAUAGGAGCCAACGUCUAGGGACUUGACGGGAGGUGCCAAUAAAAUAUGAGGGGGGGGGGCGCGCGCACAAGUAAGCCCCGCUCCACAUAACUGAUUACAAGACCAUAUGAGUGGCAGUGCUCUUUUAUAUAUAAAAACUCUUUUAAUUAUUUUGCCAACUUUUAACAUUUUCAAUUUUCUACUCCCUUCCCCCACUUUUUGCGGUUCCUUACAUUUAUUUUCGUCCUUUCCUGCAUAUUCCAAAUUACCUAAACUUGUUCUUUUAUUCGUCUGUUCUGAUAUAUAUCAUGUAUGUUUUUAAAGCUGCAAGUUUUUACAAUAAUCUUGCCAAUGUCUUGAACAGUUUACAGUUUGUAAAUAUUCAAUAAACCACUUCCAUUCCUUUCUAAAAAGUUUGUUUUGAUUUCUUAUUCUUCCGGCAAGUUUUGCCAUUUCUUCAUACUCCAUUAGUUUCUGCAUCAAAUCUUCUUUCGUCGGGACUUCUUCAUCCUUCCACUUUGGGGCAAAGAAUAUUCUUGCAGCUGUAGUCUCAUACAUAAAUAAGUUUCUAUACUGUUUCGGUAGUUCUAAUCCUAUAAUUCCCAAGAGAAAAGCUGCUGGUUGUUUUUUUUAUGAAUGCUAUCUUAAACAUCUUUUUCAAUUCAUUGUAUAUCAUUUCCCAGUAAGCUUUAACCUUAUUACAAGACCACCACAUGUGAAAAAGGUGCCUUCUUUUUCUGUACCUUUCCAACACUUAUUUGACUUUGAUUUAUACAUUUUCCCCAAUCUACUGGGUGUUAAAUACUAUCUAUAUUGCAUUUUCAUAUAAUUUUCUCUUAAACCAUAAUAUGCUGUAAAUUUUAUAUCCGUAUUUCAUAAACAUUCCCAUGCUCCCAUUUUAUAUAUUAUGACCAACAUCUAUUGCCCACUGUAUCAUUGAUGAUUUCAUUUGUUCAUCCUUUGUCUCCCAUUCCAAUAACAUCUUAUACAUUUUAGACAUCACUUUAACGUUACAGUUUAACAGGACUCUAAUUGUGAUAGUUGUUCCCCAAACCCCCGCUUCAUAUCCUUUUGAAAUAUUUCAUUCAAAUGAUGAUAUUGUAACCAUGUUGUUAGCAUUCCUGGUAGUUCCUUAAACACUUUUAAUUUAAAUUCUCUACCCUGCUCUCUUAAUAAAUUUCUAUAAGUUGCCCAACUUUCCGUCAUAUUUUUCUUUUUCACCACCAUGGCUUCCAAAGGUGAAAGCCAAAGUGGUGUUUUAGUUUCCAAUACAUUUUUAUAUUUGUUCCAUAUUCCAUACAUUUUUUUCUAAUUAUAUGGUUUGUAAAACCUUUAUGUACUUUCACCUUUUCAUACCACAAAUAAGCAUGCCAACCAAAAAUAUUAUCAUGGCCUUCCAAAUCUAAAAUAUGCAGAUUCUUCAGUAGCGACCAUUCCUUUAACCAACGCAGACAAGAUGCUUCAUAAUAUAAUCUCAUAUCCGGCAGGGAGAAACCUCCUCUAUCUUUCGUGUCUAUCAGUAUUUUAUAUUUUAUUUUUGAUUUUUUCCCUUGCCAGAUAUAUUCAGAAAUAUAUUUUUGCCAUUUGUUGAAGCAAUUUGUCUUGCCGAUCACCAGCAGUGACAGAAACAAAAAUAACGUUCUUGGUAAUACAUUCAUCUUUAUGGUCAACACUCUGCCCAGCAACGAAAGUUUCAUUCUACCCCAUAUUUGUAAAUUUCUUUUAAUGUCCUCCCAGGUUUUCAAAUAGUUACCUUUAUAUAGAUUUAUGUUCUUCGCUGUUAGCCAUAUACCUAAAUACUUAACCUUCUUGUCAGUCUUUAGACCUGAUAUAUUUUGUAAGGUGUUUUUACUCUCAUCGUUCAUGGUUGUUGUUUUUUACCAGGAGCUUGGUUUUAUCUUUGUUAAUUUUAAGACCUGCUCUUUCUCCAAUUUUAAAAAAUCUCUUCUGAUACUUUUGGAAUUGACGCUGUUGGUUCUUCUACACAGAUAGCAGCAACUCAGGAUGCGGAGAGGGUGUGUGUGUGUGUGUGUGUUCAUGCAAAAGGCAUUCAUACUCUGGAGCUGCCGAUGAGAGCGCAUCCUGCUGGUCUUGGGGAGGAUUAGGCGACAGAGUCUCUCUGAAGCAAAUGCUCAAAGCGAAGAAGGAAGGGAGGGGAGGGGGAUGCGACAGGGACACUUCCCUCAUAAUUCCAAAUGAACCCGUUAGGUAUCCUGUCCACUCACUAGCAUUGCUUAGGGUUGCAAAGUUUAUUUCUGCGAGCGCGAGCUUCCGGAUUGCUGCUGUUCUCAGGUAGGCUUGAAUCCUAGCCGGCAAAUGCAGGCUCUGCCAUUCUAGUUGAUUCUUGGGUGCCUUGCGCAACAAAGUCAUUCUUUGUUGCCUUGUCACGUGACAAACCUGCCCACCCCUCCUGAAAACUCGGACUUGGUGCUGUAAAGAAAGUGAGAGGGAAACGCAGCUGAAAACACAGGAUUGCGCUUGGCUUUGGCGCCAGGUGAUGUGACCUCCCUGCAAAUAAAUCAAGAUGAAUGUUCAAAAUGAAGAGGUUCUCUGGAGGCACUGGACCUGUUGGUACUUGAUGCUAAUAGUUUGAUUUUAGUUCACAAGAGUGUAGAGUAACUGUGCAUUCUGAAAGCAGAAUGUGAGUGAGGUCUAAGAGGUGGGGGAAGCCUUUUUUGGGGGCAGAGACUUCUUUUUAAAGGUUUUUUUUUAAUGGAUACUGGAUUAAAACUGUGGGGUGUGGGGACUUUUUCUUGUUUCUCAUCAGUCUUAUUAAACCAGGAACCCACAAAAACAAUGCAAUUUCUAAGCAGAAACAACUUUGGGAACUGGCAAUUUUGAACAAAGAAGCGGCAUGCGGGCAGGCAGAAGAAUUUAGCCUGCAACCCUGACUUCACCUACCCGGGAAUAAUCCUGUUGAAUUCUGUAUAAUUUAUUUCUGAGUGGGAAUGGUUAGGCUGUUUCUCCCACCCCAAAGCUGCUGUUUGCAGAAAUGAGUGGCUAUCAGGGGUUUGUUAAACACAAUUGCGUAGUUAGGUCUUUAGCUCGCUUGGGAAUCUCAAGGAACAGAUUUGCUAUAAAUUCAGACUUGCUCCAUUUAUAUGCACAUGCGUGUAAGGAGCUUAAGGCUAAACAUUUCUUUUAAGAAAGACAAUUAACUUGGUGAAGAGCCCCCGAUAUAAAGGAAAAUGUUACGCCAGAGGUCACCCUAAAUCAUAAAUAUUUUUCCUUUCAUCAUUUUUGUUCAUUUGACCUUAAUUUAUGUACUUCACUUUGCUAUUUGCAAUUCUGUGCUGUUCUUAACUUGACAGAUGUCACCCCUCUUUGACCUGGAAUAUUUAGAUGUUCAGAUUUCACCUGUUUUCCUGUUGUUAAAGUUUGCAGUCUAUAGGACAUAGCCAGGAUUUGGGAUCUUACGACACCUAGAAAUUAUGUUCAGAUGUUGUUAAUCAUUUCCCUUUUUAAAUUGGACAGGUGCAACCAAAACAACCAUCCUUCCCAGGCACACUUUCAAUAUGGUUACUCUCUUGCAGGUUUAGCAAACCCCUUUACUAAAUUUAGCAAACCCUUUUUUUCAUGCAUUCAUGGAAAUGUCCAGAGAACCAUUUUGAACUUAAAAUACUUAACUUGCACCAUAAAAUUUGCGUUUUAAUUACUGCUGGAUAACUCAGUAUAAAUAAAUAUGUUUAACUGAAAUCGGAUAGAAUAUGAUUGAUAGGUGAAAUUUGCUGAAAUGUGUGUGUGGAGAUAGGAUAUCUUGUUUCCAAGGGCUUACCCACACUGAAGCUUGACAGAUUUUAAGCUGCUUGUGUCUCUCUUGCUUUUGUGGCAUCCGCACAAUGUCCUUAUCCAAGUGAUAGGCUACACUUUCUCCCUGAUAAAUUUGGGGUUUCUUGAGCUACAGAUAAUCCAAUAAGGGAAGAAAAUCCAAUGUAAAAUGUCAUGUUACCACCUGACUAUGGAUGCAGUGGAACACAUUGUAUCGCUGGGUCAUUUAUUUAUUUUUACAUGGGUGGUGACCUAUCGCUGGGUUCCUACUAUCAACCUGCCUCCCUUCUAUUUUGUUUCCAUCGACCUACAGGAAGAAUAUGCAGCCUGCCUUUUUCCACUGGUUAUUGCUGAAGGCAAGUUCUGGUGUUUUUAUUUUUAAAACAGCUCUCUUGCAUGAAACAGCUGUAAUAAAAAUAAAAUAAAACUUGUCAUUGGAGGUAUAGGAGGCAGAAAUUGAAAAAGGGGAAGAAGGAAGUGGCAGCCUUUCAUGUGAAUGGCUUCAAAUCCUUACCUAGCUACGAGAGGUGCACAGUUUUUUAAAAAAUACUGCUAUUUUGUGCAGUAAAAUAAAAAUAAGAUGUGCACACAUACCCACAAUGGACGUAAGGUUCCUGGCUUGGACUGUCACACAUGCACAUUUUUAAAUUUUUUUACUGCAAACCAGGUAUAUUAAAAAAACUUGGAUUUCAGAAAUGCAUCUUUUAUAAAACAAAAUCCACAAAGACCUGCAUGCAUGCCCGCAUGAGGUUUUGGGUUUGGGGAACUUAUGGUGGAUGGGGACCUCCUAAUUGAGGAGAGGGGACAACAACAGACAUAGAGACCUAUUUAUGCAAUAAGACUCUAGUGUAGACACAGGUCGUAGGUCAGGCUUCCUCCAACUCGGCCCUCCAGAUGUUUUGAGACUACAGUUCCCAUCAUCCCUGACCACUUGUCCUGCUAGCUAGGGAUCAUGGGAGUUGUAGGCCAAAAAAACAUCUGGAGGGCCGAGUUUGAAGAAGCCUGUCAUAGGUAAUGGCUUUUUCUAGUAUUGUUCCAGAUGCAACACUACUUAAGAUACAGAUGUUACAUAUUUCAUUGAUGACACACCAUUUAAUUUUAGUAGUGUGUUCAGUAUUCAUUACAUAGAAGCAGAGCCCCUGCUUUCUUAAAUGACCAGAAGACAUUAUUUUUAAAAGCAAUGUUCAGUUUUAGUUUUGCAGAAUCCUAUACUAGUCCAUUUUGAUUGUGGAAACCUUGCGUUGUUUGUCAGGUUAGAGCAGAGGCAGAGAACCAUACAGUGUAAGCCAGCUAAGGGUUUCACAUACUACUGUGCAGCAACCAUGAAUACUUUGUGCACCCCACUAUUGUGCUGGUGUUUCCUAAUUGACGGGGGGUGGGGGAGAAAUCAUGGCAUUUCCUAAAUGUAGAUAGCAGCUAUGCACUACUAAAUACACUUCAAAGCACUAGGAAAAUAGUAACACCAUCUAAGCAAACCUCAGAAAGUGCAGUUUGUAAGAAUGCUCUCCUAAGCCUAAACUGCCUUCAGCACAACCUGCUUUAAUGUUCCAUUUCCAUUUUAUUGUAAUAUGUUGUGUACAUGAAAUGAAAAAUGUGCUGUUAAAGAGGAACAGGAGACAAAACCUUGCCUUAGAAGCACUCAUUUAUAAAAUGUCAAACAUUUUACUCCAUUCUCAUCAGUAAUCUGUUCUUAAAGGUAAAGGUACCCCUGCCCGUACGGGCCAGUCUUGACAGACUCUAGGGUUGUGCGCUCAUCUCACUCUAGAGGCCGGGAGCCAGCGGUGUCCGCAGACAAUUCCGGGUCACGUGGCCAGCGUGACGAAGCUGCUCUAGCGAACCGGCGCCAGAGCAGCACACGGAAACGCCGUUUACCUUCCCGCUAUAAAGCGGUACCUAUUUAUCUACUUGCACUUAGGGGUGCUUUCGAACUGCUAGGUGGGCAGGAGCUGGGACCGAAAGACGGGAGCUCACCCCGCUGCGGGGAUUCAAACCGCCGACCAUGCGAUCGGCAAGUCCUAGGCGCUGAGGUUUUACCCACAGCGCCACCCGCAUCCCCAAUCUGUUCUUAAGUAGUACAAAAAAAUAAAGAACUCUCUGAAUUCUCAGUGUUAUUUAAGAACAAGAUGAUUUAUUUAGAACAAGAGUGGGAGUUGUUAAUUAUAUGUUUGUGAUGUUAUUGUUUUACAAAUUGCUUUUGUUUCCACUCUCUGUGUUGACUACUAAGCAAUUACAAUUUAAUCAAAGAACUUAAGGGAUUGGACUUGAAGCAAGUUUGUUCCACUUCAGUCUCAUUGAUAUUUGUGGGAUUUGAAAAGCUAGUUGUGACAAACUUUUCCUAUUGAUCGCAAUGGAAACUAAGUGUUACUAACUCACUCCAGCCCUGACCUAGCUGUCAGCCUGCCCUGCCCCUGCAUUGUCCGGGUAAUUGGCAAGAAUGCCAACAUUUGGAAAGUGGUACUGCCCCGCAGGUUGGCCAUUCAUGAGUUAGGGUCUAAUGACAUGUAGAGAGCCAUAGCUUCCCCAUUUGUACUUCACAGGCAUAGCAAAAACUCAUUGUAGUACAGUCGUACCUUGCAUCCCGAAUGCCUUGGUACUCGGACGUUUUGGCUCCUGAAUGCCGCAAACCCGGAAGUGAUUGUUCUGGUUUGCGAACUUUCUUUUGGAACCCAAACGUCCGACAGGGCUUCUGCGGCUUCUGAUUGGCUGCAGGAAGAAGCCAUGAUUUGUUUCUCGAACGUUUUGGAAGUUGAACAGACUUCCGGAACAGAUUAUUUUCGACUUCCAAGAUACAACUGUACUGUGUUUGUGUGUGACUAUGCCCUAAUAAAAGGGACCCGGGUGGUGCUGUGGGUUAAACCACAGAGCCUAGGACUUGCUGAUCAGAAGGUCGGCGGUUCGAAUCCCCAUGAUGGGGUGAGCUCCCGUUGCUCUGUCCCAGCUCCUGCCAACCUAGCAGUUCGAAAGCGCAUCAAAGUGCAAGUAGAUAUAUAGGUACCGCUCCGGCGGAAAGGUAAAUGGCGUUUCUGUGCGCUGCUCUGGUUCGCCAGAAGCGGCUUAGUCAUGCUGGCCACAUGACCCAGAAGCUGUACGCCGGCUCCCUCAGCCAAUAAAGCGAGAUGAGCGCCGCAACCCCAGAGUCGGUCACAAAUGGACCUAAUGGUCAGGGGUCCCUUUACCUUUACCUUAUGCCCUAAUAAACCACUGCUGUAGAAUCCUAGUAACCCUCAAACUAACAUCCAGGAAAAGGGGUGAAAGAGUAAUAACAUGGGGAAAUUACGUAAAUUAUGUAAUGACAGUACAUUAUGCAAUGUCUUUCUUUAAAAUUAUUGCCUUGAUUGCAACGCUUACAUGUUUUCCUCUCUUUGUAUACAGGAUGCCAGAAGUAGCAUGAGAGAAGCUUCAUAGUAGAGCGUUAUGAAAAUAUAUUAUGGAGCUGGGAUGAAGAAAAGGCAUAACCACAGCUCUGCAGUUCUGAAAAAAGUAUUAUCUUUGGGCUAUCAUGGACACGUUGAAAUGAUUCAUAUCUUCUAUUCUGCACAGAUAAUAGGUUGGGGCAGAGAGGAACAGUGUAGUGUGUUUCUAAGUGAGCAACGCAACAUCUACAUUAGAUUGACAGAUUAAAUAAAGCCCCCAAACUUGGUAAUGGAAAGAUGGCGGCCUUCAGAAGCUGGUAGAUCUGGAAAUAAGGUUCUUCAAUAUUAUCUCACUUACUAUGAUGUCAGAAAUUAAUGCCAACUUGACAGUCAACCUCAGCACAUCUACAGAUGAGCCAAGAACUGGCCUCUCUAGAACAGGUCACACCAUUGUGGCAGUUUUUCUUGGGUUCAUAUUACUUUUCGGCUUCUUGAAUAACUUGAUCGUCCUCAUUCUCUUCUGCAAGUUCAAAACCCUGCGCAACCCUGUGAACAUGCUGCUGCUGAACAUCAGUGCCAGCGAUAUGUUGGUGUGCAUCUCGGGUACCACAUUCAGUUUCGUAUCCAACAUCUAUGGCAAGUGGAUUGGAGGGGAGCAUGGCUGCCGGUGGUACGGCUUUGUCAAUUCCUGUUUCGGUAAGAGUUUGGAAGCUUACGUUUCACUGCUUUGGUAACCCAUUCAAAACUGUCAACGUUUCCCUUUUUUAAAGGGAAAUUCCCUUAUUCUGAAUAGGAUUCCUCGCAAGAAAAGGGAAAAGUUGGCAGCUAGGAACCCAUUUCUACAAGAAGAUGAUUCGUAAAUAAAUCCUGGGUGGUAUUCAACCAAGUAUUACUCAGAACAGACCCAUUGAAAUGAAUGGACCCAAUUCAGUCAUGUUCAUUAAUUUCAGUAGUAAAACUUAGAUGAAUACAAACCAUUAUUCUCUCCUAGGCUGAUUAGAUGUUGGUAGCUCAAUCCACAUUUUUAUUCCAAGCUCUGAAUCACACAUCUUUAUUGGGCAUAAUUGUCCUGAGCAUAAUCUUAGGGCUGAAUUAUGUGUUCCAUAGCACAGGUGGGCUGGGGAAAGAUUAUUCCCAUUCUGGGGUUUCAGAUAGUAUUGCUUUUUUUGGUGCUGCUGGGGUUGCAAAGAAGGUUUCAUGGACACAUGAAGAUAUAAGCACUUUCAUUCUGCUUACUGCUUGGCAUUGGCAAAUAAUCACACACACACAAUUUUGUUUCGUCCUGAAAUAUGUUGGCUUGGUGACUUGGUAUUGAACCAAUGAAGCAGGUGUCUGGUUGCCAACUAGCCAAUGGCAGGAUGGUUUUUCUCUCGCUGAUUAUCACACACCUAUCAUGUGGUGAAGCAAUGGUUUCUCCACAGCUUUAGCAGCCACAUAAGGAAGAUCCACACUUUGAAAGAAUAUGACUGUGUGGUAGUAAUAAGAUUGCAUGGGCUGCAAGAGUGCAUUGUCUAUGCCCAACAUCUGCACAUGAUGCACAUAGAUUUUUGCUACACACAUGCAGAUAUUCUGUGAAAGGGCUCUGUCUGCAUACUGACAUAUGUUUGUAAGACAGGGCCAGGGUCACCCUCCCAUGGAGGACCUUUGUGUGCAUAUAUCAGUAGACACAUGGAGUCCAUCAGUAGUGGGGGACUGGCAGUUUUGCAUGUUGGCGCAUGCAGGAUGGUCUACCCUGCAUAGUCCCCUCAUGCGUUAUUCCAACAGCAAUCUCCCCAACAGCAACAGCUUUAUUGCUAAGAUCAAUCUAUAAUAGCAGCAUAACUGACUGCCUUUGUACAGGUACAGCAACAGCUAUGGUUAGAACAGCAAGAUAAUAGAUCCUUAUUAUAGUCUCCCUCCCCUGCUGUUCAGGAAGUGGCAAGGAGCCUAUUCAGAAGAAAUUAUGGGUUCCCUUCUGACUUAUGAACUGAUUUUGUCCUGCUAGUCACGGCUGCUUCCAUAAUCUUCCAUUAAGUUAACAGUCCUUCUCACACCAAAAGGGAAGACUGCUAUGGAGACAGAUGCUUGCUUCAUUGGUUAGGAGGCAGGUUUCCCGGUCAACCUUCUGGCCCAGUGCCCUUGCACAAUAAAGCAAUUAAUAAAACACAAAAGAUUCACCUCAUCUGACUUUGGUUGGAAGCAGAAUUCACCAGGUCAGAGAUAUCCUGUAAAAUGUGUGAACAGGGUGGUUAAGUUCUUUUACAGAAGUCACUGAAGAGUAUGUAUCGCGUUCCCACCCGCUUUGCACAUAUAACUCAUGAAUGAACAAAGAAAAUGAAGAAUGUUGAAUUGCCUCUCUUCCAUUCUUGGUAUCCCUCCUCUUUCAACAAUGGUGGUGACCUGGUGGCCCCCUCAGAUGUUGCUGGACCCUAGCUCCCACUAGCCCUUGUCAGCAUGGCUAAUGGCCAGGGAUGAUGAGGACUGCAAUCCAGCUACACUGGGAAGGCCAUCCUGUCUUAAUGUGUAAUCUAAAGUCGACCUCUGGGAGCACAUGCCCAUUAGACUUUCUUUAAUCCACUGCCAUCAAACAAUAACCUCUUGCAAUUUGGUCUGUACUAAUUUGUACUUGCUAUCUAGAAAUGUAGGCAUUUUAUGCCUGGUUCCUCUUUUCUGCCCACUUCCACUGAUGCUAGGAAAGACACUCAACACACCUGUCUUUGUAGAUCAAAGCAUGACACACUUGUCAAUUCAGCUUCAAGAGGAAGAAUGUAAUUUGAGAAAAUUCUCAGCCACGUAAUUCCAAAUUACCUGGCAUUCUUCUGCCUGGUAUUCUUCAUCUUGAACAAACUAUAUCAUACCUGUCAGAUGAAUGAAAGUGUGGUUCAUACUGAAUGUUAUAGGGUGUUUGUUUUCUUUGUGGGCAUAAAUUAUUGUGAGAGAAGAGAGAGAUCUGUGAAAGAAGCAGUUGCUACUAGUGAGGUUUAACUCCUCCCCUACUACCUUGAGCUGUGAUAUGAUGCCCAUUUACCUAGGAGGAUCAAACCCUAUUGAAAUGAAUGAGGCUUACUUUUCAGCAAACAGAAAUAGGACUGUUGUUGCAUAGUAUAUAGAUAGGUUCUAUUCCUAUGGCUUCCAUACUUGCCCUCUCUCUGCAUGCUGUUUUUAACAUUCCUGUCACAUAAGUACAGGGGUGAAGGACAAUAGCACAGUGGCAGGUCAUGUUAUUUGCAUGCAGAAGUGUUCAGGUACAUUCUACAGUCUCGGACACUUCUAGGUAGGGUUAGGAAACACUCCUGUCUGAAACCCUGCAUUGCUGCUUUUACAUGUGCAAAUGACAGAGGCUUAUUAGCGGGUCCACACCUCUUAACUACCCCCAGCACACACUUGGGUCUGGCUGUUUCCCAGUUCUAAUUAAAUCCUAUUAAGCCCAAGCAUUUAGCACUCACAGAUCUAUAACAGUAUCUUCACUUGGAAGCAAAGUUCCUCGGCUUUCAGUGGGGCUUUUCUCUCUCUUAGUAAAGGUGCUUGGGAUUGCAACCCCAGUUGUAAAGCUGCAUGGGGAUUCAUACCCAGCUGCUUUGUAUGUCACUCCCACCUAACUCUUUUGCACUUAUGUAACAAAACAAAAGACCAAAUGAAUGGGAGCCCUUUUUCCUGUCCUCCUGCUAGGUUGCUUGAUCACACUCUCCUGCUCUCUGUGUGGCCUACAAGCAGUACUUUUUCUUUCGUGGAAAAGAAAAGAAAAGGAGAUGCCAGUAUUCUUAUACAGUGGUACCUUGGAAGUCGAACGGAAUCCAUUCCGGAAGUCCGUUCGACUUCCAAAACAUUCAGGAAGCUACGGAAGCCGCGUUGGACAUUCGGGUUCCAAAGAACAUUCGCAAACUGGAACGCUGACUUCUGGGUUCACGGUGUCCGGGAGCCAAAACGUUCGACUCGCAAGGUGUUUGGGAUCCAAGGUACGACUGUAUUUAUAUUAAGUGUCAUGCGUUCUAGAACAAAAUGGCUGCUAUGGGCAGCAAAGAAGAAGAAGAAGAAAGCGCUGGUAUUCUGUAUUGGGUUACAUAAAUCUUAUGUAGCCCGAGAAGGUGUGGCUGCUGUAACAGUUAUUUGAAGUUGUGGAUGGUCCCUUUAAUCAGGGGUGUCAUGUUCCACUUUGCUGCUUGUGGUGGGACAGGAAGUGCUACCCUGCCACUGCUCUGCUGCCGCACUGCCUCCACAACUCUGCCCUCACCCCUGCACAGUGGCGGUAUUAAGUGGCGACAACAGCAGGUUCUGGAGAGAUCCACAAAGCCUUGUACUGUAUUCAUUAAUGUCAAAAAGAAAUAAGACAAUAUGGAAUUAUUGUUUCUCAGCCUUCAAUAUUGGCCUGAAUUGUAAAACCGAAAUAGUUCCCCCCCUUGCUAUUUAUUUAUUAUCCAUUGGGAAAUGUCACUGUUGGCUGAAAUCUAUAAUUUGUGUCCCUAUGAAAUACACAGUCCUAAGUAGCCUUGAGUCAGCAUUCAUGAUAGCAUUUCUGGACAGCUGAACCUUUAAAAAAAUUGUAUCUUAGUUUUAGUAUGUUUGGCCUUAUAUAAAUGAAAAAUCCUUAAAAUGGUACAGAAGAACACAGCAUCCCGUGAUAAAUAAAAGGGGGCGUAACUAUAGAGAAGUUGCUUGGCUAUUUUUGGAGGGGGUUUUAAUAAACGGAAAACGGAUCCAAACCUAGGCAUUGUUGGUUCUGUGCAGAAUAAUUGAAAGGAAUCUACUUGGAUGUUUGCAUUUACUGUAUAUUCUGCAGAAUCUCCUUCGGAUAAGACAUCUGUUACAAUUAAUGUUCUAAAGCAAAUCUCAACUUUUAACAAGUAGCAGACCUUCUGUAGUUAUUAAGGCAAUUUGUAAGAACAUGAAGACCAUAAUUACCAAUUGAAUGAUCGCAAAAUUAAUUCUAGAUAAAUAAGUUUCAAGGACAAACACACUCUUUAGCUGUAACCAGGGCUUUGACCUUCAGUUGGAUAGUUUUAAUUUUAGAGUCUUUGGAUCUGGCCUAUUUAACCAGGCAUUGUGAUUAAUAACACUUUCAUAACUGGAGUUGAUGAAGAGCCUUGUUCCUAUCCCUUUCAGCUCCAGAUAUACGUUCCUUUAAAAAGUAGGUAACCUUGAUUUCGGUGGAAUCAAUCUGCCCUUUUAGUGUGUUGUCACCUUAAAGUCUAAAUUUGCCUUAGUUUUAAAAUAAAAAUCCAAGUACUUUAUCAGAGUCCUAUCAAGAAUGCAGAAGUAAUUCAGGAAUUUAAAAAAAGGACAAAACGGGAGGGACGAACCAGAAUAAAUGAAAAACACAAUAAGCGUUUAGAACUGAUGGUAUAUGUUUAUGAGAGACAUAUGCUGGUUUUAUAGUCAUGUCCCCUUUCUUGCUAUUGGGUGUGUGUGUGUGAAUUUUGCCCCCUUUAUCCUAUAAAAAUGUUUGAGCUCAGGCGUUUAAUGGGGAAAGUCAGGAAAGGAAUCUUUGACCUUCUAAAUAUAAGGCACGUCCAUGAGUAUUACCGUAUUUUUCCGUGAAUAAGACUAGGUUUUUUAACCAAAAAAUUAGGUUUAAAAUUGGGCCUCUUCUUAUACAUGGGUAGUGCUGAGGGUUUGUUUUUUUCCUUAAUUUGGAGUCCCCCAAAAUAGGGGGUGUCUUAUACAUGGGGGCGUCUUAUAGACAGAAAAGUAUGGUAAGUUCUGGCCCUCUUGCAAAGCUGUGGUCUUCUCUGUAAUAGCUGAAAUCUUUGGAAUGCUCUCCCCAUGGAGGCACAUUAGUGUUAACUUUUUUCCUUUUUUACAAAAAAUCUGGCACCAGGUAAAAACAUUUUUAUUCUCUGGGACAUAAGGAUAACUACCGGUAGAAUCAUAGAAUCAUAGAAUCAUAGAGUUGGAAGAGACCACAAGGGCCAUCGAGUCCAACCCCCUGCCAAGCAGGAAACACCAUCAGAGCACUCCUGACAUAUGGUUGUCAAGCCUCUGCUUAAAGACCUCCAAAGAAGGAGACUCCACCACACUCGUAUUGGUACUAAGUUUGGGCUUCAGUGUGCAUGCUUUGUAAUUGUUGUGUUGAUAUUGUGUUGUGUUGAUAUUGUCCAUUAUUUCACAGGCAUGUUGGGGAUGUAGGGAAAUGUCACUUGAGGUUAUUGAUGUCAUGGACUCCUGACUGGAUAGUAGCUGGUGUCACUGAUGACAAAUAAUCACCUUGCACACAAACAACCCAGUGGCAGUGCUGAAAUUACUUCCACGGACAGUCUUAACCUCUGGUGUGUACUGGAUAAGUGCAUGUAACACCACACUGACAAGCCACUGAAAUCCCCUUCAAAAUCUCUCUAUAUAAUAAAAAUGAAAGAAUGUCGUCAUGCAACUCCCUUGAAGUGGGGCUAAUCCCUGGAGUCUAAUCCAUGAAGUCAGGGUGAGGCAGGGAAGCAAGAAAGGAGAAACACUGAGGAGGGGAAAGUGGUUUGAUUAAAACGACAGCAGAGGUUUGAGCAAAGUAGAGAUGAAGAGACAUUGAAGUUUUGUUUUCAAAAGAGUUUUAACAAGUUUUAACUUUCUCCCCUGCUUUACUCAAACUUCUGCCAUCAUUUUAAAAUGGCCACUUCCCCCUUUCUAUGUUUACGUAGACUUAUUUUGAUCUUUCAAAGACCUUCAGCUCACAAUUAAGCUAUUAGUAUUCUACCAUGUGCAUUUUGAGAUACAUUACACUUAGUUGAAAUCAAAGGUUAGCAAUUAGUAGCAUUUAAGAAGCUUUCAUUUCCCAGGUAAUUUAAGUCACUUGUUGGCAAGGUGACUGUUCUUGUCCUUCUCCUGUCACUUACAUGUGUCCAGUUAUCAGCGUAACCUAAAAGAUCUUUUAUGCCUGGCAGGUUUUCUCAUUAAAAAGGGGGUGUGGGGGAAGGGGGGAAAACACUUAUUUAAGAUGGGUGAAGCUGGUGGGAGUUUGCUCACAUAUGUUUAUACUUCAGUAACUUAUUAAUGAAAUAAACCGUAAAAGCCUUACCCUCCACAGGGAAGUUUUAUGGGGAAAGCAUAACUUUUAAAAAUUUAAAACGAUAGCUUCAAAUGUAAUGCUUGAACUCCCAAUAUUUAACAAACUAGAUUAUAAACAAUGACAGGGCUUUGUCCUCAAGCAUGUUUAGAAACCCUUAAGGCCUCUAGUUUGUUGCCAUCUAUUAUCAUAUACCCAGGAGGUAGAAUGAGUUCAAAAGUUUACUCCAGGAUUCUAAAUGGAGUGUGUUGGGGUGUGUUGCUGAUGAAUUUGUGCAUGGAAAAGGAGCAGAAAAUGAUUGGUGCUCUUUAGACAAUACGCAUUUCAAAAAGGAACUUCCUACUCUUUAUGCCCAGGUCUAGCCACAGCACUUAACUCUGCCAUAGGUUCUGAUCUUUCACAUCUAAAUAUUUUCCUAAGAACCAAUUUGCAGGCCAGUGAACCAGUGCUGACAGUACAGUAGAAACUUGUUUUGCUAACGGUAGAAUCGUGUCCGGCUCAGUUGUUUCAGGUGGAACUGAGGUUGCCCAUGGUCUUAAAACUGUGGGUAUGGUGCAUCCAAAAUACUAUUCAAAGGGUUAAUGCUGUAGCCUAGAAUCUUGUGAUGUCAUAUAUAUACUGAGGUAGUAUAUGUCUGUGUGCGUGAGUUUUAAUUGUGAGAACAGCAAGUGCUUAGUGUUAUGCUGCUGCCUGCCUCAGAGCGAGUCUGUAAAUAUCAGUCCAGUCUCAGAUGCAAAUUCAUGGAAAUAUGUUUCAGUAACAUAAGUGUCACCUGCCUCUCUUGUACAUUCAGUCUGACAAGAGCAAGUGGAGCAAUGAAAAGUCAUAUGUCAUUGUGGCGAUCACACAGGGUCCCCGGACGCUUGACGGUCUAUUGAUCCCUGUGCCACCACUGUGAUUGCUUUCCUGCUGCCACCAACCCGUUUCUCUCAGGUACACACAGAGUCCAGACAGUUGUUAACAUUAAAUCAAAUAAGCAAGUUUAUUUUAUAAGCCUUAACAAGUUUAUGGUUUCAGAUAAUUUUUCUUGUCAGUUUCUUAAUCUUAGUUUCUAUACCGGCCUAUACCUUUCCUAAUAACUGCUAACUGAUUAUCCCAGCUGUCUAUCUGACUCCUCCUAUCAGUUUCUCUCACUCUCUCACAUCAAAACUUGACCAACCCACAGACUUAUCCUCUCUCUUCCUUCUCCAACUCCCAACUGACCUCCAGACAACUCUAACUCUAACUCCUCCCCUUGGGUUCCCACUGGCCAAUCACUUCACACCCAUUUAACGCUUUCCUUAUGACCCAGCAUGAUGUCACCUAGGAGGGCAAACGCCACAGUCAUCUUAAACUUUAAACGCAAGUGUUGCGUGGUUUUUGUAGGAGAAAAGAGAACCAUUAAAAAAGGGUCAAAUGACCCAGGGCAACCUCUGCACAACUUUGCAAAGUAUAAUUACCACAGAUGUGUGUGUGUGUGUGUGUGGAGUCCAUGGAGUUUCGGGUGUCAGCUGGCUGUGAUGAUUUUACUUGCUAAUUUGCUAAUGUAGCAUCACUCUCAUUUGCUCCAAUAUGGAUUCCUCAUGCUGUUUAGGAAACAGCAGUGCAGUGUAGACAAAGCCCUUACCUGCCAUUGCUGGAAGUUAAACUGAAGGGGAGCAAACAGCCUGCCUUUUGCUUCCAUUCAGCCUCUGAUGUAAAAGCAAAAAAGGAAUUGAAAUCAUAGUUCACAUACUCUGUAGUGUACUCCAAGGCAAGAGGUGGAGAACCACUUUCGACCAGAGGACCAGAUCCCCACGUGGAGAGUCAUUCUGUGGCAAACUUUAAUAGGUGCAUGGCUGCGGGCCCCUGUCAAGCACAUCAUAUGAAUGAAUGAAUGAAUCUUUAUUUGCGUCAGCCAUAGCGAUAAAACAACAAUACGAUAUAUAAAGAAUAGAAAUAAAAAGUGAAUUAUAUAAAAUACAGUGGUACCUCUGGUUGCGAACGGGAUCCAUUCCGGAGGCCCGUUCGCAACAUGAAAAGAACACAACCCGCAGCGGCGCAUCUGCGCAUGCACGGUUGUCAUUCGCCACUUCUGCGCAUGCGCGUGACGUCAUUUUGCGCUUCUGCGCGAGCGGCGAGACCCAGAAGUAACCCUUUCCGGUACUUCCAGGUCGCCGCAGGACGUAACCUGAAAGAACGGAACAUGAAGCGGACGUAACAUGAGGUAUGACUACAUUUUAGGGUUUUGAAUCGAUAGUCAAAUAGUGAAUCUUAUUCUAAUUGCCCCAGCUUGCAACCUUUGCUGUCACCUGCUCAUCUUGAUCUGCCAAGAGAAAGGACACUAUGGCAGUGGCUGGAUGACCCGGAAUGGAGAUUAAGAGGGGUGAUGACCUUAUUCCUCAAGCCUUUACAAAGAUUGCACAUCAUAUGUCAUCAGGCAUUGCCCAUCAAAGGAAGAUUCUUGCUUUGCAAUUGUUGGAUUAUAACUCCCGUCUUCCCUGGCCAUUGCCUAUGUUGACUGGAGCCAAUGGGAGUUGAACUCUUAACAACACCCAGAGGGUUACAGUUUCUGCAUCCUCAUAGAGUCUGCAUUUAGUUACUGCACUGAGAUGGUGGUAAUAAUAAUAAUAUUAAUAAUAAUAUUAGACUAGCCUCUCUUCUAGGUGUAUUGUUGCACCUGGGAUUGUUCUGAGGACUGCUGGGAUGCAGAAAUAUUUAGUGGUGGUUCUUCCAUUUUUGAAAAUAUAAAAUCCAGCUGUUAUCAGGAUCUGUCUCCAUCACUUGGAAGUAGUCACUAUUGAAUCGAAGCCACAUUCUUUUUUUCUCUGUAAGCACAAUCCUCUAAAUUUUUUGGCAUACCUAGUGAAAUACUUUUUCUUUUGAUAAGAAUUUUUCCCUUUUCUCCCCACCCCCAGAAGUUAACUAAGUGGACGUGUCUUGGUUGUUUACAUUGGCAUUUUCCCAAACAUCAAAGGGGACAAAUAUUAUGUAGAGGUGGCAAUGCCUUUGUAAUUGGGGCAUCAUUAAACGAUUUCCAGGUCAAUAAACAACAGCAUUUAUUGAUUUGCAGACAACACCACAAUUACGCACUUGUAUAAUCCAUAGCAAACCCUGCUAGUUUCCAAAUGCUUCUUGUCUGCCUGUUAUAAAAAAAACACUUCUCCCACUCACCCAUGUACACAUCAGCUGUGUGUAAAUGUCAGUGUCGCUGUCAUUAUAUAUGCAUUUCAGUGCAAGCAAACUUUGUUUCAAUUUAGUGGAUUAAUAAUUAGCUUCUGGUAAAUUUGUAGCCCGUUUUGGCCAUUUGGUAUGCAUAGGUAUUGAAUGUGUGAAGUGGCUUCCAAAAAAUGUGCUGGCUCACCCUGUUCUCUAGGUGCCAACACAUGCAGUUACGCUCAUUCUUAUGGUGGGAGCCCCAUGUCCAUAUCUUUCAGUCUAUCCCUGUGUCCAGGACACAGACAAAGCAUGAACUUGGCAGCCCACAUGAUAACAUCUGUUGCUGGAACACAGUGGGAACUGUUUGAAUUCUCUGCCAUGUAAAAAUAAAAGGAGCAUUCCUAUACACACAUGUCAAAGAAGGGGAAACAGCGCAUAACAUGUUCCUUAACAGUAGUUCACAGCUUUCUUAAUUCAAAUAUUUGAUCCUUCACUGCAAUCUGCAGGGGACAGCCUUGCAAAUGAUCGAUCAUUUGGAGCUUCUGAUUGUGGACAGCACCCUUCACAGUCCGGCUCUCCCUCUCUCAAACUGGAAAAGUUGCAGGUCCCAUUGCUACAUCUGUUGCUCCUCCCAAGCAUCUUUUGUGCCCCAUUUUGGCAACUGAACAGCUUGCUGCUACCCCUUUGUUGGAUUUGUCCCAGAAACCUCCCAUUGCUGACCCCAGUCUUCCAUUAUAAGAUAAAGGGAGGUGAGGCCAUCUUGCCAAACACUUUCUGAGUUUAUUUGCAGACAUAUUUGCUCUAUAUGCCAAACUUCAGAAGGUUCAGAAGUGUCUAGAUGCUAGCCUAAGUCAGAAUGUUCUCGGGCCAAGGCUUGGUUUGGAUAAUAAUAAUAAUAAUAAUAAUAAUAAUAAUAUAUUAUUUGUACCCUGCCCAUCUGGCUGGGUUUCCCCAGCCACUCUGGGCGGCUUCCAACAAAGACCAAAAAUACACUAAGAUUAACCACUAUGGCAGUCCCUUUUUCUUUGCAGAAACCCCAUCUUACAGAUAUCGAAUCACAGGCUUGGAGAGGAACCCAAUGAUGACAUCUAGACAAGCCCCCCUCCUUUCAUGACUCAUGGAAGUGAAACCCAGUAAUAAGAUACAAAGAUGACAAUGUUUCAUAUACUUUUCUGCCAUUAAGAAAAUAGACUUCUAACCUGAAGAAUAUAGACUAAAACUCAAGCUGUUCCACUCAUGUCUGUAGGAGGAAACCAUCUGGGUUGGGCGGAUUGUAUGAUUACUUCCCACACUAGCACAAGCCAUCCCACAGGAAAGGAAGAUAUAGGCAUAGAACCCACAUCUUCUGUAGUCUGUAUCCUCCAGAGAAUAUCAGUCACACUGAAAUGGUUGACUCAGGGCCAUGGUCAUCAGAGGAUAGCAUAGUCAUCUGCUUGCUUAGGCCCGCAUUCUUGCUCCCAAAAGCUUCCUGGCACCACCUCAUGAUUGCCAGCUGCCCACUUCUGUCAUUUUUCUUCCUAACCCCCAGGGGAUGAGUGAGCAAAUGAUGACCAUGAAAAGCUGAGUGCAGCUUCCAUUGGUUCUUUCUCACUUGCCUGCCAGAACUCUCACCGGCAGACCAGCUGGCAGGGAUAUUGUCCUGUGUCUUGAUGAAAACUUGGGAAAUUGCUUUAAAGCAGUUACCAUCAUGACUUUACAAAAAAUCUAUUCAGAUACAGUUGUCUUUACCAAAGGGAAUGUAUUUCCAUUGAGACAGAGGCAGGAGUUUUGAAUAUUUUCUUUGAAUAUUUCUGAGAUUGCCAAAAGCUUGAAAAGCAGAUCUAUACUAUACUAUACUAUACUAUACUAUACUAUACUAUACUAUUUGGUUCCAGCAUCUGUAUGUCCUUUGGUGACAAGGAAGUAACAAUAAAGAUCAAUUGAGACCAGGAGGUUAAGUUCCCUAAUCAGCUUGGGGUGAAUUUUGCAAAAUUAUUCUCAGUGGAGGGAGACAUCGCUAUCAUAAAUGUCAAGUUUCAAGUUCAGUCAUGCCUUUUGUGUGUGUCUGUAGAAGGGAAAAUGGAAAAUAAAAUGUGUUACUUGACCUUGUCUGCCUUGCCAGCUUCUUCCUAUUGACCCUGGGAGGGGGAAUUAUUGGUUUGUUUUUGUUCUUAUUAUGUAUUUUUGUGUUUUCUAUAUUGUAAUUUUAUGCUAUGAACCUCCCUGAGAUCUAUGGAUGAAAGGCGGUAUAUAAAUUUAACUAAUAAUAAUAAUAAUAAUAAUAAUAAUAAUAAUUCCCCUUGACAUUCUAAUCAUGCAGAAAAUGGUAUUUCGCUUUCUGCCCUUUAAGUCUUUACGUCAUAUGAAAUAACAAAAAGUGAUUCUUUUAAUUAUUUUUGUCCCCACUUCUUUCUCGUUGCAGGCAUUGUGUCUUUGAUCUCGUUGGCCAUUCUGUCUUACGAACGUUACAGCACCCUCACCAGUAAACGUGGCUCUGACUACCAAAAGGCUCUGUUAGGAGUUGGGGGCUCCUGGCUCUAUUCUCUGGUCUGGACUGUGCCCCCUCUCAUUGGCUGGAGCAGCUACGGGCUCGAGCGGGCAGGCACCAGCUGUUCCGUCCGAUGGACCUCUGAAACACCAGAGUCAGUGUCGUACAUCAUCUGCCUCUUCAUAUUCUGCUUAGUCAUCCCUGUAAUAGUGAUGAUAUACUGCUACGCCCGCCUCUUUUAUGAUGUCAAACAGGUAAGUGUGUCACAGGCGUUAUAUGUUAUCUCUGAGGAAGGUUGCGUUUCAGAUACGUGCCCUCUAAUAUACAUUCAAAAAAUGAAUUGAAGGCUUUCAAAGAUGGUAGAUUUCUCUCAUUUCAUAUUCGAAGGCCCUAAUCCUCUGCACACUUACUUGAGAGUAAGUCCCCUAUACUUAGUGGCAUCUCUGUUUGUUUAUUACAGUUCUAUCCUAUCCUCCUUUGAGAGCAAUCGUCUCCUAUCUAGGAAGCUUUCAGGGCCAUAGCUACUUUCCCUCAGUAGCAGAGCUGCAUGUCUUCAUAAAUUGUUUUCUAGGAACAUAGGGCAAAAAGAUUAAUGCAUUGUAGGGUUUGGGCAAGAUGACCCUUGUCCCUUCCAACUCUACAAUUCUGUGAUUCUACAAAGCUGUUUUACAUCAGGUGAGCCUCUUGGUCCAUCCACCUCAGUAUUGUCUACGUUGACUGACAGUUACUACAGUAUCCAAGGUAUAGACACAGAAUAUUCCCAGCCUUCCCUGGAGGUUCCAGGGAUUGCCUCCAUCUGCAGCCAAAGCAGAUCCUUUAUCUCCUGCUCCUUUUGGUUUUGUUUGUUUCUUUAAAAUAUUUAUAUGCUGGCCUUGAAGGUAAACUCAUGCAGUUUGGUUCUGAGUGCAGAUGAAGAAAAGACUUGGCUCCAGGAGAACACCUAGGCUGUUCCUCUGAUCAGACAGGGUAACAAUAGCAUCAUCUAUGACAGGUAAACUCACCAAGUCCAGACCAUCAAACCUUCCCAUCAAUGAAUAGGGGUUAUCUGUCUUGGACACUGAGGAACUGACUGAAAAUGGUUUAGGUUGAAUAAUGAAUUGAACUGGUAAUUAUCCAUUGCUCUCCAUUAAUAAGAUGGUUUUACCUAAUUUGUAAAUGGAUGAACCAACUUCAGCAUCAUUAAGGGUUGUCUGCAGGAUUGAUUAGCUUUAAUGAACCAGGCGCCUUUUGAUUGUCCUCAUGGAUCUGACGAGUUGACAGUAUUUGUGAUUAAUUUGUUAUUUAGGAUUGCACCGCUAAUUACUACAGUGUCUACUGAGAAGUAAGUCCUUCAGUUCAAUGGAACCAAACGGAGUUAGGAUUGCAGCCUAAUUCAUUCUACCUUGAUUAAUGAGAUUUAUGAUGUUGUUGAACUCCAACUCCCAUCAACUCCAGCCAACAAACCCAGUGAGGAGGGAUGAUGGAUGCUGUAGUCAAGCAAUGUCUGGAGGGGCACCAUGGCAGCUAUUCCUGCAUUUUAUAAUUUCUGCAAAAACAUGUACAGCAGUUAAACUUUGCUUAUGCUCUGCUCUUUCCCAGGCUCCACCACAUGUUAGGUGUUGGCUGGAUAUUGUGAUGUUGCUUUAGAAUUAGAACUUGGAGAACUCUCACGCAAAGGACAAAAUUUGGAAGAGUUAUGCAUGUAUUGAUUGUCUGGAGAAGUCUUCAGUUUUUACUUAUUCUUCAGUGUGGUAGACAUCUCCUGGCUUUCAGUGAUGUUUUUCUCAUUUGAAGCCCCGAGAGUCCAAUUUUAGUCAGAUUCUAAGUACUUGAGUAAGCAGGGUUGGCCUUUGCAUGAGAUUUUUGAAAUUAGGGCUAUGAGUAAUGCUAGAUGAUAUAUUUGAUUUCAGGAGCUAACUCCUGGAGGAUUCCUGUCAGAGCAAAAGCUAUUACCUGAAUACCUUCAAGAAUUAAAUAUUUGCCCAGUAGGAACCUACAAUAUUCACAAAGCGCUCUAACAUUUCAAAGACAAGAUUGUAGGACAUUAGGAUCUACUAUAAUCAGACUGAUUAUUCCGGAUUGUUUAUUGCUAAGUCAUAUGGUGAUUAUUUCAGGGGAAAUAAUAAACUUCGUUAAACUGCCUUUAAAAAGGGCAAAACUAGAAUUAAAACAUGUGUAUAGCCUUCAUAAUGGAUGUGUGUAUUUUGUACACAACUAUUUGCACCAUGUUCCAUAUGGCGAUAGCCAAACGAACAGAUUUCAGUGGAGCUACUUAGUACGUCUUAAUUUGAAAUCACUCACAGUAUCUUGUGAGAAUGUGGCACAGAAUUCUUAACAACAGAGUUUAAUUGUUAAUUAAGGCUGUACUCCCAACCUGAUUUACUGGGGAGUAAGCCCUGCUGAAUUUAACAGGAUUAGGAUUUACUUAUGAGUAGGCAUGGUUAGGAUUGUGGCGUUAGCCAUUUCAAAAUUCCAUAUUCAUUCAAAAAACCACUUUUUACUUCUGUUAGAAGUCUCUUGUGUAUACUGUGCACUUAAAAAAAAUCUGGAUGUGUACAACAAUAAGAAAAUCCAUUUCUUAUUGUAUACUGUAUUUGGUUGCGUGCAAAGAGAAUUGUCUUCUCUAGGGGUUGUUUGCUACUAAAGGAAAGGGGACUUUCUGACUGGUGCCACUCUUCACAGUGGAAUGCACAAAUAACACACUAAUGUUCCAUGUACUAGGGAAUGACAUCUCUUCUGGCUUUAUACUUCUGUCUGUGUACUAUAUGCCAUUGACCCAAGCCAUAAACUCCUGGUGAUGCUUCCAGUAUGAUACUUCCUUGUACCUGUUAGCAAGAAUUUAGGUAAAGAGCGAACAGGGCAGAACAAUAAUUCCACAGGAAAAUUACCCACAGAAUAGUAAGGAAAGAAAUUUGUUUGAACUUUCUAACGUUUGAGUGGCAGCAAUAUUCGAACUUGCGCUUAAAUGCAGAUGAGGAUUCUUCACCUCAAAGCCCUUGCUCCCUUAACUUCUCAAUGUUUCGUGUCCUCUUAGGACCCCUUACCUGUUACCACACACAAAUUGCUUGUUAAUAUAAGCACAUUUCCUUUAAAUGGAAAUAUUCUCUUUUGGAGAUACAGGUGAAACUCGGAAAAUUAGAAUAUCGUGGAAAAGUUCAUUUAUUUCAGUAAUUCAACUUAAAAGGUGAAACUAAUAUAUGAGAUAGACUCAUGACACGCAAAGCAAGAUAUGUCAAGCCUUUAUUUGUUGUAAUUGUGAUGAUCAUGGCAUACAGCUGAUGAAAACCCCAAAUUAACAAUCUCAAAAAAUUAGAAUAUUAAAUGAAAUCAGCAAAACAAGGAUUGCAAAUAGACCAGUAUUGGACCUCUGAGAAGUAGAAGCAUGCAUAUGUAGUCACUGCUUGGUUUGGCCCCCUUUUGCAUCAAUUACUGCCUCAAUGCGGUGUGGCAUGGAUGCUAUCAGCCUGUGGCACUGCUGAGGUGUUAUGGAAGACCAGGAAGCUUCAAUAGCAGCCUUCAGCUCUUCUGCAUUGCUCGGUCUCAUGUCUCUCAUCUGUCUCUUGGCAAUGCCCCAUAGAUUCUCUAUGGGGUUCAGGUCAGGCGAGUUUGCUGGCCAAUCAAGCACAGUAAUCUCAUGGGCAUUGAACCAGGUUUUGGUACUUUUGGCAGUGUGGGCAGGUGCCAAAUUCCUGCUGGAAAAUGAAGUCAGCAUCCCCAUAAAGCUCGUCUGCGGAAGGAAGCAUGAAGUUCUCCAAAAUCUCCUGGCAGAUGGCCGUGUUGACCCUGGACUUAAUGGUGUUGGUCCAUUGUUGUUGAGUCCAGGGUCAACACAGCCGUCUACCAGGAGAUUUUGGGGCAGUUCAUGCUUCCUUCCGCAGACGAGCUUUAUGGGGAUGCUGACUUCAUUUUCCAGUUUCACCUUUUAAGUUGAAUUACUGAGAUAAAUGAACUUUCCCACGAUAUUCUAAUUUUCUGAGUUUCACCUGUAGUCUAACAGCUGCUGUACGGUGAGAUGGGGGGAAAGCUGGUGGUUAAUGUCUCAUGCUGGCUAUGUUUUUACCUGGAAUAUUUCAUCUCCGCUUUCUAAAGCUAUUGUGAUAGUACCUGCCGCUGCAGGUCUCAGAGGCUGUCUGAGCUGAAUCCUGAUGGCUUCCUUGUGUUCCUCACUUUUAUCUCCCUUAGAGACCUGUUGCAGUUGUUUCACCUGUCAAAAAGAAUCUAGGGAUGUCUUGCUGGAGGCACAUGCUUAGGCGCAUCAGAGAAAGCCUCUAUUUCCUUAGAGGGAGUAGCUGAAUACAGACACAGAAGGAAGCACCGUAGGAUUGCAUCUGUUUAAAGGAGCUUGUAUAAUCUCACUUGGCAACCAGUUGUUGCUGGGAUGGGAGACCCGGAAGGAACUUCGUUGUUUCUUGAGCGUUGGUUGGAUGAAUGCGUUGUGACAGGAUCCCCAACCCUGGGACAUCCUGAUAGUUUAUGUCUCUCUGGGGAUAAAUGCAUCUAUUUUGGUUUGUGGGUAAAUGGAUUUUUUUUUAUAUUUUGCUUCAGGGCAAAUGCAGAAUUCUGGGUGGGCCCAGAGGGAAUUGUGCCUCUCUAAUGAACUCUUCUUGCAAGCUAUAUUUGUAAGGGGGCCCAGCUAUGCUACUUGUAACUUGCCCGCUUUCGCUGUGAGCACUCGAACACUGAAUUCAGGCCAAGUUUGAAGACUUGCUUACUCUGUGCCUCUCACUCUAUAGUGCCCUAUAGUGCCUCAGGCACAUACAAGAACCUUACAUAUAUAACAGACUUGGGUGCCAAGUUAGAAUGGCUGUGUCGCUAAAAUAAGACUGCUCAGAAACAAGAGGGAACAUACUUGCAGUAAACCCUAGGGUAUACAGUGUUGUCAGAACCCUAGGGUUUACAGAAGUAUUAAAAUAUUUGGGGGUGAUUUCAUGAGGAAACCCGCUCCCCAAUCCAGUGAUGAUUGGAGGUUUUUAAUGUCUGUUGUUUUAUUGUAUUUUAAUAUUUUGUUGGAAGCCGCCCAGAGUGGCUGGGGAAACCCAGCAAGAUGGGCGGGGUAUAAAUAAUAAAUAAUAAACAAUAAAUUAUUAUUAUUAGUAGUAGUACUCAGUGGCCAUGGAAUGCUGAGUUUCUUUGGGUGAGGAAGGCACAAAUAAUCAAGAGACAGAGGGAAAGUGGGACUAGAAUAUCCUGAAAGGGGAAAUGGCUAGAUAGAACAUUGAACAAGAGUACAUUCUGCAACAUUUUAUUGCAGUCUCCACUUGUUCAUGCUUUUCUUAACAAGGCUCAGGCCAAUUCUGAAAGUCACACACUGACAACAGUUCUUGUAAGUAAGCUGGUUCUGUGAUGUUCCAAAAUGCUUUGUCUUCUGAUGGAUGCUGGUAAACACGACCCCAGAAGGCCCAACAUGAGGAGUGUCGGUGUGAUGUGAAAGUGCUUGCCUUGCGAUAAUUAUGAGUCAACAGUGUGAGCCCAUUCAGGGUGACUGGUCUUGGCCUCUCCCCUCCCCAGUAGCUGCUUUCACCUUCUCAGAAUCCACAGAUGGUGGAACAGAUAGUCAGAAACAGUUGCUUUAUACAUCUCAAGUUCAAUCCCCAACAUCACCCAGUAGGUCUGGGAGAGACUCCCUGUCUGAUACCCUGGAGAGUUGCUGCAGUCAGUGUAGACCAGGCAUGUCCAAACUCGGCCCUCCAGAUGUUUUGGGACUACAAUUCCCAUCAUCCCUGACCACUUGUCCUGUUAGCUAGGGAUCAUGGGAGUUGUAGUCCCAAAACAUCUGGAGGGCCAAGUUUGGCCAUGUCUGGUGUAGGCAGUACAGAAACAGAUGGAACAGUGAGUCUGCCUAGGUGUUAGGCAGCUUUUUAAGGUAAAUAUUAAUAUAUGGUUUGGGGUGUGGGCAUUCAGGCGGCAGUUUCCUGUUUGCAGUAUGAAAUGUUAACAUCCAUUGUACUGGGCAAAUUAACAUACCGUAUUUUUUGCUCUAUAAGACUCACUUUUUCCCUCCUAAAAAGUAAGGGGAAAUGUGUGUGCAUCUUAUGGAGCAAAUGCAGGCUGCGCAGCUAUCCCAGAAGCCAGAACAGCAAGAGGGAUUGCUGCUUUCACUGCGCAGCGAUUCCUCUUGCUGUUCUGGCUUCUGAGAUUCAGAAUAUUUUUUUUCUUGUUUUCCUCCUCCAAAAACUAGGUGUGUCUUAUGGUCUGGUGCGUCUUAUAGAGCGAAAAAUACGGUACUUGCUUGAGUUGGAACCAGUUUUUUUUUAAAAAAAGAAAAUAGGUGCCAGUGUGCAGUGCCUCUACUUAGACAUUUCAUCUUAUUUAUUAAAGACAUUCCAAAGAGUAACCUCUACGAUUCAGGUCAGGGAUAGUCCAUUUCGGUACAUCAGGAUUGUUGUUCAGGCACUGAUCUGUGAGCACUGCGCACACUUGUCAGGCUCUAGAAUGUUGCUACCAAUUGACAAUAUCGACUUAGAAGUUAUAUAACACUAAUUAGGAGCUGUAUGAGGUAGUAGUACAAUAUAUUUACACGCGAUGAUUGAUUGGUUCUUCAGCAGCUGUUUUCAAGGACGUUUACCUACAGAACUCCAAGAGAGGGACAAUAUUUACAACUUCUAAAGAAUAUUUUAUUUUCCUUUCCAAUUAAAUUGAGCAAUCAACACACACACAUAACCAUUUAGUAGUGCCCUGGGGAUCUAUUGGGGAGCCAAGUCUGACCAUCCAUUGUUCAGAUUCUAAAGCGUUCCAAGGCGAAGAGCAGCCAAUUCAAAGGAAUUCCAUGCCAAAGGGUGCUCCAAAACAGAAAAUGAUGCUGCAGUCCUACGCACAAUUGCUUAGGAGUAAUCCCCAUUUAAUUCAAUGGGAUUAGCUUCCAAGCAGGCAUGCUUAAGAUUUGCCCUGUAAGCUUAUUAAUUAAAAACAAUCUGGAGUACCGGGUAUUUUGCGGAUGCCGCGUGACACCCAAUUUUACUUUAACUUUGGAUUUGUUUCAGGGGUGAGGCAGUAGGGGUGCUUAAAACCAGUGUCUGGGAGCAGUUAACGGCCAAUAAACUGCAAGAAAAGCCAGCCUGAGGCACCUGUCUUGUUCUGCAUAAUGAUAAGGCUGGUCCUGCUUGAAAGAACAAGGGCCUGACUCUGUUAUGUAUUCAGUGUCUGUAUUUGCCUGAGCUUGAGUCUGGACUAAGGAUUCUGAGCCCCUGCGUUCUGAUUCGAUUCAUGAUAUCCAAUCACAGAACAUUUCCGGAUUUGGGCCUCUGCCAUUGGCCCUUAAACUCUUGAGUCAUGAUUCGCAGCUUGGAAGUUUAGACAACCAAUCACGUUGGGAGUGGGAGUGGCCCAGGCCUUCAGAAAUGUAUAUAAGCAGUUGCUUUGCCCCUGUUGUUUAGUUCUGUUUGUUCAAUAAAGGUUCUUGCUGUUAUCACUGUGUCUUGCCUUGUGGCAACCCAUCUACACUUCACUGACCCUUUAAAUUGACUUGCUAUACUUUGGAUAUUUUGGACUGCUUACUAAUAAGACUCGAUGUAAUUUUUACCAGGUUGGAAAAAUACGGAAGACUUCUGCCCGUAAAAGAGAAUUCCACGUCCUCUUCAUGGUGAUCACGACCAUCAUCUGUUACCUGAUUUGCUGGAUGCCCUAUGGAGUUAUAGCUCUCCUUGCGACAUUCGGCAGGCCAGGCUUGGUGUCCCCAGUUGCAAGCGUCAUACCAUCUAUUCUGGCAAAGAGCAGCACCGUCUGCAAUCCAAUCAUCUACAUACUUAUGAACAAACAGGUGAGCAUUACAGUUAAAGCGAGCUGUCUUAUGUAAACGGAAAAUGACUUCUGUGCUCCCAAAGUCAUAUUCCUUUGUUUGAGGACUACUUAGACUAAGAGUUAUUAGCAUCUGAAGCAGAAAAUCCAAAAUGGAGGACUUUCCCCCCCAAGGCAAGGUAAAUAAUUUCCACCUUUGCUGGUGCUCAACAAUUUGCUGUUUUAUUCUGUGGCUGCCUCGCUCUACCUAAUGGGAUCGACUUUUGAGUAGUUAUGCAUAGGAUUGCACAGUUAAUAGAUUAAAACUCACAGGACAACCAAGAUUACUUUAGUUGGGCGAUAAGCUCAAUAGUUAUUUUGGCUAGUAAUUAAUAGCAGUUUGGGGGUAGAGUUUUGGGGGUGGAAUGAGGGCGUGGGCUGGCCCCCUUGUGCUAAAAUUAUAGUUUUAACAGCCAUGGGGUUUUUAACUUGCGUGGGUAUUGUUUUAUUUUGGAGGUGUUUUUAAAUAUUAUAUCUUAAUAUGUAUUUUGUAUUUGUGAUCUGGGAUACUGUUUAGGGGCUUUUGUUGGGGAAUGUAUUUACAGUGGAACCUCAGUUUUCGAGCAUCUUGGUAGCCAAACAGUUUGGAAUCCGAACACCGAAAACCCGGAAGUAAUUGUUUCCAUUUUCAAAUAUGCCUUGGAAGUCAAAUGGCUUCCAAGGCGCGUUUUUCAUUUUUUUCCAUUGACUUUGUAGCCAGCCCAUUGAUCCUCGGUUUUCGAAUGUUUCGAGAGUCGAACGGUCUUCCGGAACAGAUUCCGGAACAGAUUCUGGGAAGUUUUUAAUCUGUGAUAUUUUAGUGUAUUUUUGGUUUCUAUGGAAGCCGCCCAGAGUGGCUGGGGAAACCCAGCCAGAUGGGCGGGGUACAAAUAAUAAAUUAUUAUUAUUAUUAUUAUUAUUAUUAUUAUUACGUUCAAAAACUGAGGUUCCACUGUAUUAGUUUGUAUACAUUAGUAUUUUUAACUGUUUUAGUUGUUUUCAUAAUGUAUUUUGUACUUUCAACAUUGUAACUUUUAUGUUGUGAACCGCCCUGAGACCUAAUAACGAUUCAUUGCCUUUAGAAUAGGCAACUGAUGAAUUUCUUUAAAGGUAGAUGAUAGAGAACAUUUGUUUUGUUUUGUUAUUGCUUUCCUAGAUUAAUUGGCACAAAAGUGUUAGGGAUGGAAUUUUACGGUGGGACCGUAUCUUGGCAAGCACGUGUCAUGGGCGAGAAUGGCAGUCUCAGUAUCAUCCUGUUCCUCACUGGUAGGGUUCUGUUCCUCACUGGUAGGGAGAUGGGUGAGGCGGUGGGAGGUCUGUGCAGUGCAAACCUCCCCUUUUCCUGCUCCAGAGCUACUGACGGAGUUUCUAAGAUAACUCCCACAGGCCAAAGCUGCGGCUUCUCCCACUAAUAUAUUAAGAUAUCGCAACACUGUCAGAGUUGUGCGUCAGGCUUGUAAUGUAUGCUGUGCUCAUCUUUCUGAAUCACCUCUUCACACCACGGGGGUUUCCACAAUAGGAAAUUCAUCUUUGUCAUCAUAAGUGCUUGUAAUGACUUUCGGAAACUUGGAAAAGUGCCUCUUCGUAGACCCAUGCUUGUUGUUUUCCCUGAACAUCUUGAAAGUCUCUUGUGUCAUUCUCCCUGCCCGAGAGCAAAAGCAUUGAAUUCACCAUUUGCAGAUUAGGGAUACAUUGUGAUUUUAAAUAAUAUAGCUUCAGAAAAUUAGGUACAUGUCAGCAUGUCACAUGCUUAAAUAGGCAAGAUCUAACUUGCCAGUGGAAAGGUGUCAUCCUUGAAUGGUGCCCUCUUGUGACUCUUUGUAGAAAUAUUCUUUGGUUCUCGUGGGAAUGCCUCUUAAAAGCAUUUCCAUGUUUGGAUCUAGGAUCCUUGAGGAAACCUAAGAUUCCUCCAAGUGAGUUUCUUUCUAGAUCUAUUCCCGUAUUUGUGGUGAGACUGGGCUCACCCAGCAAUGUUACAGUACAACAGACCAUGUCCUCAGUUCCAGCCCAGUGCUGAGACCUUGAACCCACACCUGUGAACUCUUGCCUCAGUACAAUGGCUCAUAUGAGUGCGCUGUUAGCUAUUUCUAUAUUACUGUUCCUAUAGAAUUCAGUUAAGUUAUAUUUAAAUCUAACAAACAUCAUUUUGUGGGGCAUUGUUUUGUUCAUUACAUUAUGUAUUUUUGUGUUUUUAUGCUAUGAAUUCUCAGAUGAAGGGCAUUCUACAAACUGAAUAAAUAAUAAGAAUUUUAAAAAUAUUCACCUCACUUCCGGUUCUAAAAUGUUAGGAUUUCAACACAGCAUGUUAGGAUUUUACAAACAUUAGAGCAUAUUUUUACUCAAGACAUCUUACUGCUAAUGUAAAAAGGAUAUAAAAUAACAAUAGCAACCUGUAGUCUUAUUCAAGAUGGCAAGAUGUAGAGAAAUUAUCCAAUCAUCAUAAUUCUUUUUAAAAAUGUGAACAGUUCGCUGAAAAGAUGUGGCAGUUCUGAGGAGAACGGUGGUAGAAACCUGCUGAAAUGUACUAUAUUCUCCUCAUUUCCUCUCUCCCUUUCAUUUGGCUUGCAAGUAUAUUUUGAAAAUAUACUUUGAAAAAUACCAACAAGAGCUGUUGGUAAGAAUAAUUCUUCUGUCAGAGUCAGAUAAUCAAGGAAAAGAAUGUUUCACUACCUCAUAUAUUAUUUAAAGCAGUAGCCACUGUGAUCUCAUCUCUUUUUCAUUAUUAUGUAAUAUUUACAUAUCUUUGGAGUCUGCACAAUAAGUUCACACUAACGAGCUGAGACAACCUUCCACCAAGAGGAAUACAAUAAAAAAACUAGUAAGGGCUAGACGGGGAAAGGAAGAGUGAGAGAUACAACGAAAAAGGUUGCAUAAUUCAUCCUUUCAUAUUCAUCAUCUUCACCAUCAUCUUCACCCAUUUUGGAUGUAAGAUCCCCUCCCUUUAGAAUGCUACCUUGGUUCUCAAACUCCUUGGUACUCAAACAACUUGGAAUCCAAACACUGCAAACCCGGAAGUAAGUUUUCCUCUUUUCGGAAGCUGAAUGUGCUCUGUUUUGAGUGUUAUGCUUCCGAUCUGAGUGCCACAUCUCCGAUUUGAGUGUUACGCUGAGAUCUGUCUGUAUUUGCUAUUUAUUUUGUGUUUUUGUGGCUGUUUUUUGUUUUUGUGACUGCAUGGAACCCAGUUUAGCUACUGAUUGAUUGAUUGUGUGACCACAGUACAUUGUUUAUUGCUUUCAUUUUAUGGAUCAAUGGUCUCGCUAGAUAGUAAAAUUCAUGUUAAAUUACAGUUUUAGGGGUUGUUUUUAAAAGUCUGGAAUGGAGUAAUCCGUUUUGCAUAACUUUCCAUGAGAAAGCACGCCUUGGUUUUGGAACGCUUUGGUUUUGGAACGGACUUCUGGAACGGAUUAAGUUUGAGAACCAAGAUACCACUGUGUAUAUAAGGGUGCAAUAUGUAUUUCUGUACAACUACAGAGGAAAAAGACAUUUUCUCCAGGCAUUCAGGCCACUAACUGCAAGGUGUAGGACUCUCAUUCUGGAUUGGGAUAUCUGGAAGCCAUUUGGAUCCAUUUAGUGGUGGGAAAGACCAUUUGAAUUGGUUCCCACUUCCUGUGGAGGAGAAGGGUCACAGAGAAGUCUAGUUGCACCAGGAAGUGAUCUGACCAUGGCACUUCUUGUGUUCUACUGGAACUUUGUCUCAGGUCACCCAUGUCUGCAGAGGUAAACACCAAAUCUAAGGCAUGUCUACGACUAUGAUGAGUAGGGCCAGAUUUAAGAAACAGUGAAAAUACAAUUUGAAAAACCACACGGCACAGCACAGCACGUUACAAUUGCUACAACCAGACAAAAAAGAAUGAUAAUAAUUUAAGUUGUGCGUCAAGAUCCUCAGCAAUUUUCAAGUGAUCUAUUGGAGGAAAAACAUUUGGCAACCACUGGCCUGGAUUGAAAGGAUGAUUGAUUCAUAAUGAGCUAUAAUAGAAGUUUCAAUUAAUCUGACCGUGACAAUUUUUAUAAAACUACCAAGGCUGUAAAAUGUGAUGGCUUUAAUAGUCUGUGGAAUUAAUUUUUUAAAAGUUUGGCAUUUCAUAUUUAAAUGCUGCUAUUCUCAAUUGAUGCCUGUCAUUGUAAUUUAAAAUUAUAUUCUGUAUUUUUAAUGUUAUUUUUCGUCUUGUAUAUAGUGUGACAGCCUGUGGCUAAGUCACUAUUUAAUAACCCAAUUAGCUGCUUCCCACAGCCUACAGGCUUUAUGACUCUUUUCUAGCACACUUAUAAUUUUAUUCCUUUUCCAUCUCCAAGACGUGUAAAACUGAUUCCGAAAGCACAGUAAUUGACAUUAAAACACACAGAUGUGUGUAAUAGUUAUGCAAGAACACACACAGGAUGGCUGUACUUUUUACAUCCUUCCUACACAAACUGUUCUUUCAACAUUAUCAUUCAAGGAGAUUUACAUUCUAACCCCUCAAGAUCAAUCCCAAGGUAAUGGCAGGACUAAAAGUGUGUGAAGUCUUAAAAAACUUUUAGGAGUCUUUGCCUGUUUAUCUUCCAAAUUUGUGCUGACGUGAGAACAGGCUACCUUUCCCCCAUGCAAACAUUACCUCUGAAGCAGCUUAAUAUCAUUCCCAAAACAACAAUAAAUAGUCCUGCAUACUCCUUCCCCACCCACAACUCAGGGAAAUCCAUCAUCAAAAGAGAAGAACAAGGAAAACAUUGCUUUGUGUAUACUAACUCAUAUUUAUAGAUUCAGAAUUAGAAAUUACUGUUACAAUUUAAAUAGGAAUACCACACUCUGAUCAUAGUGAAGAAAACUGUGGCCAGGUGACGUGUCCCUGCUCAGUGUGCUAUACUGAUGCUACAAAUAAACAUAUUAUAAUAAUAAAUGUUCAUGGGGAACAGUUCUCAAGGUCCCUGCCCUCCUCUAUUUCUCUCCCACCCUCUCUCUUACACACGGAAUCGUAGAAUUAGAGUGUUGGAAUGAACCUUACUUUCUCUUAUAGAAACAGUAUUCUAAACUUGUUUAUCAAACGCUGCCAUUAAUAAAUGCAUUUCCAAUUGAAGCUGGAUGUUGAAAUGAUGACUUGAAGAUUGGCCUAUGGGCAUAUGUCAUUCUGUAUCCAUCAAUCAUAAUUCGCUUGGCUAAAUAAUUCUGACAUAGUAUUGUUGGAUAAGGAGCUAGGUGAAGUGUUCUCUUUCAAGCUGUAUGUUAGAAGUCCAUGGGUCUGCCAACAAUUACUUAGGGACAUUUUUCAAAGAAACUUUGCCUUAGUUAGGAGGACCUUCCGCCCUGGAGUAGGCUACUUUUUCUUAGAGCACAGAAAUUAAGUUUAAAGUGAGCUUGUCACAAUGUUUGAUCUGCUUGAUCGUAUUUCUAUGGCACUUUUGUUUCAAACAAAUCUCAAAGCAGCUUACAAACAAUAAAUAAUACAAAACGAUAAAACGUAACAGAGUGUCACAAAUACAGCAUAAUGUCUGUUGCAUGCGUAAUGAAAACAUUAGGAAUCCACUUUAAUAUCAAAUUAACUGCUGGUAUAAUGGCUAUAAAUGUAUCUGGAGGUUUGCAAGCCAGCCUGAGUGUGCCUACGCAUCAAAGGUCAAGAUAUGGAAACAAACACAUUUAUUUAUUUUAUAGCUCACUUCUGAAGCUAUCCUUGAUUAUAUAGAAAAAUGUCUAGGAUGUCACCAGAGGGCCCUAGCACUCAUAUCUAGCUCCAGUUUGGGAGCAGAUCCAGUUUUAACCAUCAGGCAGCUGCCUAGGGUAGCAGAAUUAGAAGGGCAGUAGACUUUGAAAGGCGGCAAAUGAUGACCGUGUUGGUGGAAGGAAGAGCCAGCAGCUGCCAUUCCCAGUAGUCUUCAUUGUGAGUUGAGGACCCGCCACCUGCUUUGAGAUAAAUAAGACACAGGGACACAUGUAUUUAGGGUACUGGGCUAAAGAAGGCCACAGCGUUAUUGGUUACAGCAUGUGAGUGGCAUUGGCUUAGGCAUUGGAUCAAACAAUCUAUACAUGACUCCACCCCGUGCAGCGGGGAGUCAUCCUAAGGUUAACAACCAGUGGGAGGAGCUUGUUGAUGCAAAUACACCUGGAAGCUUCCCCUGAUGUCACCGGGGGUCGUGCCAUGGCCCUAGCCACCAGCAGGGCAUUGGACAGGAUCCACGACCGCUGGAUUCCUUUAGCGGAAUACCCAAACAAGGGGAUUAUUGGGAAUGUGGGACCGCUGUAUCCACAUUAUCCUUAGGGGGAGAAACCUCCCAAGUGAGUUUUGUUGGGGAAUAGAGAGAGAGCACAGAGCUCUCCUCAGAGCUUCCCCGUCUUGGGAGGCCCUUUUGAGGUCCCAAAUAUCAGAGUGAAUGCCUCCUUCCCAUCAGACUAGCUCAAGUGCUCAGAUUUGGGCCCUUUUGGUAGUGUCUCUACCCUCAGAGGCUUGGGGGAGGGUGGCGGUCCAAGAGAGGGCAUUCCAUGGCAACCCCUAAGCUGUGGAACUCCAUCUCCACAGAGGUGUAUCUGGCUUCUGAAGGAAGGUGCUGAAGAGGCACCUCUUUGGACACUUUGGGUAUAUACUGUUAGGACCAGCCUUAUUUUUUAUGGUUACAAGUUGUUCCGUUAUUGUUAACGUUGUGUUUUAAUGAUGGGACCUUCGGGUGAAGGGCAGGCAACAAAUCAAUAAAGUGUUGGCUAAAUUGUUGGAAGCAGAAGUGUGGAAACAUUUGGCUUAGGUGCAGUCCAGACACACCGUUCAUAGAUUGUCUCUUAAAAGCGGUGAAUGGAGAACCUGUGAACUUCCAGAUGUUCUUGGACUUCCAACUCCCGUUUUUGCCAGCCAGCAUUAAUGGUGGGUCAGGGAUGGUGGGUGGGAUUGUCCCAAGAGCAUCUUGAGGGCUACAGGGUUCCCACCACUAUCUUAAACACAUGGCGUUGACUUAAAAUUGUGCAUUCAUGAAUUACUGCUUCUGACAUUCAUACAUAGACGGAAUUAUAAGUUCACAAACAGAAAUGAUAAAUCAGCAGUUGACUAAUAGUGACUUGUUGGGCAUCAGAUUUGUUGAUGAAACCCAUAUGUAAGUGUGCACAGUCUGCAAAGCUGGACUAUUAGGACCUUGUACAAUCAUAAAGUUGACUAUGGAUUCAGCUUAGGUAUUCUAAUUGGGUUCAGCUUAGGUAUUCUUAAUGUUUGAUGACAAACGAAUGGAUUGAAGACCUUUUGCAGAGCCAUUCAGAUCUCAGAAAAAGUGACUGGGGCUACAGGUUGUAUGACUGGCAUUUAAAAAGCUUGUGCCCCUUCAAAUUAACCUUUGUACUACAGCUCCUACUGCAAAGAGUACUGUAGAACAACCAGUCAGUUGCAUGUACUCAGAAAUAAAAUGUAGACAUUUACAUUUAGCGCAACAUGAAAAGUAGAAGCUAUGGCCUUUAUCUUUUUAAAGACCAUGUAAAAAUUAUUGGGGGGGGGGAAUGGCUUUCCUUGUAAUUUUAAGCAUGUGUGUGUUAUCCAUUCUGAAUAGCUUGGCGGAAUAAUCAUGUCCAUGUAUUAUUUAAGGCCAUGGAAGUAGAGAUUAUAAGAUGUUAAGAGCUUUGAAGGCAGUGUGAGUGAGAUGAUGCUCAUUAUCCAAUAAGCCUAGAUCAUUUAGGUCUAUACUGAGGAAAAUGGUGUUCCUUUACCCAUUUGGAAUUUACUUCUACUCCAGAUAGGUCUUUUUGAGAAGCACAAGAUCUGAUACACUUUAUCCAUUCCUUUUGAGCACACCAGGUAGCUGUAAAGUCUUGUGAUGCCAACAGUGUUAGGAAACCGUUUUGUCCAUGCACCUGUGAUAACAAGAUGCCAGCACUUUCCAUCUUAUUCCACAGCUGGGUUCCCUGUGUCAGGAACUUCUGCCACUCCCCGAGCAUGCAAAUUCUUUUCUACACAGCACAAAGGAAUCACAUGUUAUUUGUGGGUAUAUGGUACCUUGGUUGUUGAAGUGUUGUUGUUUUUUAAUUAUUAGGAAUUUAAACAGAACAUAUUAUCUUAAAACAUAUCAUCCUUAAUUUUCCCCCCUAUUUCCCCACCCUCCCAUAAAACAACCCCCCUCCCCGCCCCCCAACUUCCCUCAGUUCCAAUCUCUGGUUUCUCUAUAAAUGCUAUUCUCUGCAUUUAUUGGAACUCCUUAAUUUAUCUAACUGGUUACUAUCAAUAAAAAGUUUGUGAGUGUUUAUUCAAAGCCUGCCAAGGAGUCCAAUUCACUUUGUUGCAUCUUUAGAUACUUUGUAAAAGGUUCCCAUUCAUCUUUAAAGUCACAGUUAUCCUUGUCCCGUAGUUUAUGUGUCAAUUUUGCCAAUUCUGCAUAGUGCAUCAGUUUCUCUUGCCAUAAUUCUUUAGUCGGGAUUUCCUCUCUCCUUGGUUGUUGAACUUAAUCCGUUCUGGGAGUCCGUUCGACUCCUGUAACUGUUCAAAAACCAAGGCACAGCUUCCAAUUGGAUGCAGGAGCUUCCUGCACUCAAUCAGAAGCUGCGUCGGAUGUUCAGCUUCUGAAAAACGUUUGCAAACUGGAAGCUCACUUCUGGGUUUGCAGUGUUUGGCAGCCGAUUUGUUCAGGAGCCAAGCCGUUUGACAACCAAAGUACCACUGUAUAGGGCUGUCUCGCUCCUCGGGAGACCUCUAACAGGUUUAAGCGAGGCAGGGGAGCUGCUUCUUUAUUUACUUGGACAAGCAACUGUGAAGUAGCCACAGGGCUGUAUUCAAAAUCUUCCUUCACAUAUCUCAGCACUCGUCGGGGGUUUGUUUCUCCUUUAUUGUUGUAUGGUAGAAUGACAUCAGGGAUGCGGGUGGCACUGUGGGUUAAACCACAGAGCCUAGGACUUGCUGAUCAGAAGGUCGGCAGUUCGAAUCCCCACAAUGGGGUGAGCUCCCAUUGCUCAGUCCCUACUCCUGUCUAUCUCGCUGUUCGAAAGCAUGUCAAAGUGCAAGUAGGUAAAUAGGUACCGCUCUGGCGGGAAGGUAAACGGCGUUUCCGUGUGCUGCUCUCGACUAAGCCAGAAGUGGCUUAGUUAUGCUGGCCACAUGACCCGGAAGCUGUAUGCCGGCUCCCUCGGCCAAUAAAACAAGAUGAGCGCUGCAACCCCAGAGUCGGCCACGACUGGACCUAAUGGUCAGGGGUCCCUCUACCUUUACUUAGAAUGACAUCAUAAGGACAGGGACCAUUCAUCACAGGAAGAAUGGGCCACUUGAUCAAUGUGUGUACGAGGGAAAGCAUAUCUAACAUUUGGGGCUUUUUACUGGUUUUGUGAAGAGAGCGAGCUGUUUCUGAAGAAGCCUUUCAUGCUUAACCGUAACGCCUAGCGACUGAAUGACAGUGAAUAGCUUUAAAGUAAUUGUUUUUCCUUUGGGAACGUAUGACAAGGAUAAAGUUUUUGUGUAAACUUUUCUUGGUACAUCAUGCUACUCCUGAGCAUUUUGAAUGUCCGUCUCUCGUAUCUGCCUUCUGCCUGCAGUCAAGCCGAAACCUUAAAAUGACAGCACCAGACCUAAAAGGUAUCAGAUAUAGAGCAGCAUUGAAUUGUUUGGGCUGAAGGUGCAAUACGUGUUGUCUCUGGUUCAGUGACCAGCACCUCCUUUUAAAAAGGAAAUAUAUUUCUUUGAAACCUUGUUCAGCCAAGCAAGUAUGGAAUGUAGAUGGAUUAACUCAGGAUCAGGCAGUUCCACAGCUAUGUGCUUUGAGGAACAGUGCAGCAAACCACUUUAUAAACAUUCAAUUGACCGCAUGCACCCAGCAGUGCUUCUGUUCACGGUCCCCAAGCUUCCCCUUACCACAACGAUUCACAAGCUGUUCCACACAAUGGAUUGUACUACACAGUUUGUAAGGGACAGAGACACUGGACUCAGCUACACUCAGUCAAUUAUAUCGCUAUAAUUAUAUUGUUAUCACUAGAUUUAGAGCAGCCAAAAUCUCCUAUGGGAUUUUACGCUAUGAGCUCUGUAACAUUUUUUUUAAUGUGUCCAGAUCCAGCCAUUGUAUCUUUGGGUGUUCCACCAUACUUUUUUUUUUUUAAAGCACCAUCCGGCACAUAAAACAAAGCAUGUCUUAAAGAUUUAAGGCUAGCUUGUGGAAGCCUCCUUAAACAGAGCUUCCUUUGCGAGGUCUGUGCAUUAGUAGUUUUUUUAAAAUUCAGUAUGCCUUAGCAGUUAUAGAUCAUUUUGCUCACACUUGCCUUUCCCGCCGUUCUGUAACUUGCGGCAGGAGGGAAUCAAAUUAGGUCUCAGGGAUAGGUCACUUCUCACAAGGCUAUUCAGCAAAAGUAGCUUGGAGACUAAUACCUAGCUUAUUUUUGGAAUGUAUAUGUAUUUAUUAUGGGACGUGGGUGGCGCUGUGGGUUAAACCACAGAGCCUAGGACUUGCCGAUCAGAAGGUUGGCGGUUUGAAUCCCCGCGACGGGGUGAGCUCCCAUUGCUCGGUCCCUGCUCCUGCCAACCUAGCAGUUCGAAAGCAUGUCGAAGUGCAAGUAGAUAAAUAGGUACCGCUCCGGCGGGAAGGUAAACGCCAUUUCUGUGCGCUGCUCUGGUUCGCCAGAAGCGGCUUAGUCAUGCUGGCCACAUGACCCGGAAGCUGCAUGCUGGCUCCUUCGGCCAAUAAAGCGAGAUGAGCGCCGCAACCCCAGAGUCGGUCACGACUGGACCUAAUGGUCAGGGGUCCCUUUACCUAUGUAUUUAUUGUACUUAAUAGCCCACCUAGUUCUCCAAGGAGCUCAAGGUGACGUACAUGGUUCCCCCCCCCCAUUUAAUCCCCACGAUAACCCUGUGAGGUAGGUUAGGCUAAGAGGCAAUAACUGGGCAAAGGUCACCCAGUGAGUUUCAUGGGAUUUGUCUCCCAGGUCCUAGUCCAACACUCUAACCAUUACACCACACUGCCUUUAUAUACCAGGUGCUACAUGUGCAGUUCGUUCCUUAAUGGCAACGUUUGUUUUGUAACAUACACAUUUUAAUCCCCUCAUGUUAAAUAAUGAGAAGCUGAUGCAUCCAAUCAAAUAAAAAAACAAACAAACUUUAUUUACAAGAAAAAUCUGUACACUGUGCAUACAUAAAAAUAUAUAAAACCAAAAUAGAAAAUACAAAAGUGUUAAAAUGUAUACAAACACUGUUUUUAAAAAUGCGACUCCUGGAAAAUCUCAAGCUUUCGUUUCUUGAAGAGUGCACAUUCACUUAAAAAAUUAUCAUACAAAAUAAUUCUCAAGGCUAUUUAAAAAGUACACAGUCUUCUAUUUGAGUAGCUCGGCGACUACAGCUUUAGAAAAUGAGAUGAUAUGUGUGAAUAUAAGGCAUGUACACAGCUGGUCAUGUAACAACAGAGGUUCGAAUUAUGUUGCCAUGUUACAGAGUGGAAAUCUGCGAUAUAAAAAUGUGUUUUAUUUUUAUUUAAUUAAUUCAAUUCAUACACCACCUUUCAUCACAAAGCUCUCAGGGCGGUUAUUUAAAUAAACCUUCAAUAGACAUGAGGUACUUAUAUAAACAGUUAAUCCAGAUGUUCUCUCUGCACAGAAAGCUGCAGUUUUAUGGCUGCAAAUGUCUCUAUAUGAGAUUUUAAAAUUCAUUGAAAUGUCCCUGUAAUUUCACGACAUUUUCAGUAUUCUAUCUUCAAAUUGCAAAGUAUAAGGGAGGGAAAGAAGUUGGUUACUUUUUAAAAAUAAAUAAAUAAAUACAAUCAUCACCAUUUAUUUUUAUAUCCCAUCCUUCCUUCCAUAGGUGCACUUGAUCAUUACUCAACUUUUGCAUGCCAUGUAAGCAGCUGAACUUUCAAAAAAUUUAAGAAGAAAAUGUGGAAAGCCCAGUCAUAACCUUAUCUGUCUUCAAUUUCAGCACAUGUAAAACUACCCUAGUAUAGUUUGUGUGAGAGAUAGAACGAAGGGGAACUUGUUAAGAAAAUUAUGGAUUGCAAUCUGUCCAAGACAGGGCACUCUGAAAUUAAUGAAGUCAGAGUUCAAUUUAGGGAUAGAAAAACCUUGUUGAACAAAAUCAAAAGAAGAACUCCUAGCUAGAUUUUUUUCCCAAGUACUAAGAAUUAUUUAGGGCAAUAUUUUCAAAAACCUCCAUUUAUAUUUAAUGAUCCACUUUAGAAAGGGUGAUUUUUAACAAGUGUGGAGCAUUUUGCAGCUUUCAUUACUAACACUUCAAAUAUUUUUGCUUGAUGAGCGUAACACCCAUAAAUGUUUCCUCUGACUUAGGGAUGAGAGCUCACACCGCCACAGGGCCUACUCGACGGCAAUAGGGUGUCACAAUUUAAGUAUUUUGUCUGGCGUGGGGGGUGGGCAGAGCUGUUGUGGCCAUACCCUAACCAAGCCUACUCAGAAGUAAGCCCUAGUGAAUUCAAUAGGGCUUACUCCAAGAUAAGUGGGGUUAGGAUUGCUAUUUACGCAAUUCAGUGGAAACUAGGCACUUCCCAUCUCCCAACCAGCCGUGCGAUUGCCACAAGGCUAAUUGACGGAACUAUCCUAUAACUACUUGAAAGUAAGCCUCACUGAGUUUAAUGGGGCUUACUCCCAGGUGCCAUGUGAGGGUUGCAGUCUUAUAUGCACCUGUAGGGAGCAGGAUCCAUUUGAAGACAGUGGAACUUACCUUCCUUUGAGCAAAAGAAUAUGUGCGGGGGGGGGGGGGGAAUUGGCCUGCAAAAUAAUCUGGAUUCUGUGCAGAGAAAAGCUGGAUACUGUGAUUUGUGUGUCAGCUAAUUAAACAAGGGUGCAUGAUUUUCUUAAUUUCCAUAUUUUUAAUCUGAUUCUGCAAGGAAGAAAACUGGGUACUUGAAGCCUUGCCCUAGGCUCCUAUAAUAUUUUUUAAAGCACUGCCUCUGACUUCUAUGAGUUUGGAGGUGGCAAUACUCAACACUGUUGGGGUAUUUUUGCCAGCCACAUAGGCUACAAAGCACCUCUUUUUUUAAAAAAAUAAAAUGGUAAAAGUCGCUGGAAGCUGGAUUUUGUGCCCAGUGCCACAUUCAGUGCUUUUGAACUCAACAAGAGUAACUCUGGUAGGAAGCGGAGGGGGAAAACUGAGAAGGUGAAGCAAGUACCUGGCUAUGCCUCCAAGUCACACAUGGAAGAAACAACAAAAGAUGAACGUUUUGUUUUUGCUAGCAAAACAAAGAUUGGCUCAACAGCUUAUAGAUCAAUUUCCCUGUAACAAACAUGAGAACACCUCCAAGUGACCUUCUGAAGGCGUUAUGCAUAAAAAAUUAAGAGAGCACCACAUUAAAAAAUUCACAGUGGAAAGUGUAGAUCAUGACAGAUAAUAAUAACAACAGAAAACAAGUAUGCUUUACCCAAGGUGUUGAGUGCAACUUUUCAACUGUACAGCCAUCAGUGCAGAGAAAGUGUGAAGCUUUCAACAUAUUUAUGCCAAUCAAAACUAACUUCUCCCAGCAACCCUUGCUUUUUGUUUUUUUAAACUGGUAAAAAGAAGAAGCAAAGGCUUAAACAGACUUCAUACUUUUUUAAAGUGAGAUUUCUCACUGACUUCAAGUAGGAGUUGCAGACAUUUACUGAACAUUUAUAAUUCUGAUAUAGAUUAAAAAUGCACUGUUAUAUAUAUAUCUAUCUAUAUAUAUAUAUAAUAAGGUGGCCUAAAAACAUACAAAAUUCUAUUUAACAUCUAAUACACAUUCAUUUACUGUCUUAAACUGAACAGUCUGAACUUUCAAUCAGCUAUCACUUGCUAAUGCUUUCUUUAUUUCUUUCACUUGCAACUUUUAAAAAACAAAAUCGGAAGUUCCCCUCCUGUUUCUUCCUCUUCCCCUCUCAUCUCCCUUCAACACUGAAGUAAAAUGCAUUAUUCUUCAUCUGUGGAAUUUUGCAAAGUGAACACUUAUCAGAAGAUGAACCGAUAAUAAUAUUUUUAAAGUUUCCAAUUCGAACCCUGCUGAAGUCAGUGGAAUAAACAACUACAGUUUCAAUUGCGAAGGUGGUUGAGUUAGGAGAACUUAAAUGGCGAGAGGGAAAACCAGACUUCGUUGGAAGGUUGACUCAGGAUCUGUGGUGGCAUCCCUGGGUUUGUACCAGACCUCAGUUUGGAGACAAGCAGUGCUUCUAAGUUACAUUUAAGAAGAUACCACAUGGCCACCACUAAUUUAAGGUUCUUGAAGGAAUGUCCAAGCAACUGAACCCUUAGAUAAAACUGGCACUAUUAAGAAAAGUAUCCAGUAUAGGGGGGCCAACUUGAAUAAAAUAUUGGGGACCCUAGGCAAGCCCCACCCCACAUAAUGGAUCACAUGGCAUGGCACACACACACCAUAUGAAUGGCAAUGCCCAUCAACUUUGGGUGGGGCCCAGCCCCCUCCGAUAUUUUAUGGGGUGUGGCGAAGGGACCUCGGCUCCUAGGAAUUGACUCCUAUGAUCCAGUAUUUGGUGUGUGUUGCUGUGUUAGCAAUAUUGAGAUUAGCUCCCACUGAAACAAAUAGGAUGUUAAGUUAAGCCAUGGUUAAAUUAUGUUGAACCCAACACAAUUAUUUGUUUAAACUGAAUUAUGCCUCAGGCAGGUGGUUAUUGUUAAGAAUACAGCAGAAACAUAUGCAUACAAGCACGGAUGCAAAUUCUCUCUCUCUCAACCCAGCUGGGUAAAUUUUUUUUUAAAGAGCCUAACCAAUGAGAUAUGUGCACUAUAUUUUCCUUUACUGGGAUACUUCUGAUUGAGCAAACACAACAGGGAUGAGGAACAUGUGUAUCUCUAUAUGUUGUUGGACGGUAGCUCCCAUCAGCCCCACCCAACAUGGCCAACAGGAAGGAAUGAAGGAAGCUGCACUCCCAACGUCUGGAGGGCUAUCCUUGCAUGACAACAAGGUGAAAGAUUAUAGAACAUCUCUGCCGGUAGUCAGCAGUCUUUUGCAAGAGAAAGGAGAGUUUACAUUUGACAGGAGUCUUAUGUAGGUGACCUGAUCCAUCCUCCUUUGAAUUAAAUUAUGGAACUCAUCACUUAAAAAAAAAAAAAAUUGUUGGGGGAAAAAUAAGAUGUGGAAGAUGAACACCACCUUCGGAAACAAGAUUAGACAGGCAGAUAAGUGACAUACAGGCAGGUUGACACAGCAGCCCAAUGGAUGCUUUGUGUUUGGAGAUAUUGUCAACGUCAAGAGGCUGGGGACAAGCGACAGAGGAAGCCCACUGCCUUUAUGCCUUUCUUGCAAACCUCUGUAGAGGCAUCUAAUUGACCACUGCUGGAACCAGAGUGCAAGAUGAGAUAGGCCUUCAAGCUUGAUCCAGCUAAAUCGUCUUUACAUUCUUAAGACCUAGAAGUAGAAUCCUAUUGCUAGAAACUUGGGGGUGGGGGUGAAAGGGAAUGUUGCAAAUGCAGAAGCAUUGCUUGAAUAUUUCUGGGCCAGAAUUUUGACUCUCCGCUCUUAACAACAAGAACCUACAGGGUUUGGCAUCUCACUUCCGCACUGCAUCUUUGGCCCACAAGGCAACCUGAUGAAUUCCCUCUUCUCUUCUUACUACUUUCUGACAACCCCAAAGCUCCUCUCUUCAGUUCACUCGCUUUCCCCUGAUUUGGCUUGCCAAUAAAUACUGCAGUGGUAGUGAACAUUCGUAAGUCUACAAUCCCUGCUGCCCUCUGCCCCAACCUUUCUUCCUGACACUUUUCCCUGAAUAGCGCUGCAACUGGGCUCUGGGGCAGCGAAAGAAAACUAAAAUGGAAAAGGCUGCUGAAGAUCUCAAGUCUAACAUCCUAUCAGGGACUGGGAAGGGGAAGAAGAAUGGUGGAGACCGCCUCCCCAUCCUGAACCUUCCAGGAAGGAGGAAGAGGAAGAUAGUUUAGAUUUUCAUCGGGGGGGUUGUGGGAGGUCACAGCUCAGAGGCAGAUGAGGGGAAAAGCUGAGAAAUAAUGGGGGAGCUGGUUGACAUAUCACUAGAAAGCAUUCCAGACCCACCAUCUCCCAGAACCCAGCGAGCCUUAAAAGUAGGAGAGCAAAGACCUCAAAGACAGAGGGCACUUAGUGACACCUGUAGAGGAGAUGAUGAUAAUGAGGAAUGACGAAGUGGAAGAGAUAGGGGUGUGUGAAGAUUCACUUGGGACAACACCAUUAUCCAAGAGGCUGGGUUCUAUAGCCUCUCUCUGUAAAGUUUGGAAUAAAAAAGGACUGUAAGACAUUUUUCCUUAUCUUUAUACUUUCCUGGGCAACCACUGCCGGGAGCCACUGACAGCAUCCUGACACAUCCACAAAGCAUUAGAAAGCAACUGCUUUCUAAAGAGAAGCUGUGUUGUUUGCUUGUGGGUUGUAAUUGUCACACAACAACCUACUCCCUUGAUGGCUCAUCCGCAGGUAAGACUUUUCAUCCUGACUACAGUAGCUGUCAUGAGGGUGUUUGGAGGGAGUUGUCAUGGCAUGAUGAAUGAGAAUCAGCCUGCAGGCCUGCGUACUUGAAUGUGUGGCAAUUCAGUCCCACAUAAAAGGUCAGAAAAUAUCUUUGUUCUAAUAUGGACACUGGUGCCAGCACGUUGGCACGGAAGCAAAUUUCAAUAUGCUAUUUUCUGAAACAGCCAGGUGGUGGUCUUCUACUCAACCUUUCCUAUGCAUGCUACCAAUUUAUGUAUUUGACCAAAUAUGUCUUAACACAUGUUAAAAGAGUACAGCUCUUUUAAGGUUAGUGUUCCAAGCUCGGCCACCAGAACAGUUUAAAUAAAACAAAAACAUGGCUCAUUGUAUUCAGUAAACAUCUGGCACUUUUUAUAAGAGGGAAGAGAGGAAAAUCUUAAAAGAUGCUGUGAAAAAUAUAGCUGAAGUUUGCUUUUAUUUAAUUGUAAGGACUGCUUCACUAGGUUAGGCUUUGUGUUUAAUCUGCCUUGUCUAAAGGACUGCAAUCGGGCACAUGUGGUAUAACUGCUUGAUGAUUUCUGGCAUAUAUCCUCACAGUAUUUUACCUUCACCAUAGUUUGCAUCUCUCAAAAAGCAAGCCUUUUUUUUAAAAAAAAAAAAAACCAAAACAAACCCCAAAACCUAUUUCCAAAGCAAUAAUAAAUACUCAGGCCUCAGAAGCAAGGACUUCCCCCAAGCCUGCUACUUAAUUACAGUUUAUAGACUCAAGACUAGAUUGGUCUAGGAUCCGGUUUUUUUCAAGUAUUUCUUUGUUGUUUAUUAGUACGACAGCAGCACCUUAUUGCACUUUGUUCUAGAAAUAUCCUUUCUUAGUGUUGUAUGGGAAUCACUUCCAUCCAGGGCAUUUCACUGACCUGAACCCUGGCAAAAUCACUUUUCCUUUCCGGUACAGAUCUUCCUGGAAGCCUCUGUUCAUCCUCUGCACCAGCAGUUUCUCAUAAAGCAGCGGGUGGUAAGCCCCCAAGGUACAAGCCGCAUCAUAGUAGAGUUCAUGGUAGUGGCAGAGAUCGGUCUGCCGGACUGAAGGAAUGUAUUCGUAUACAUGGACUUCGCUGCACAUGGACAUCAUGAUGAGAAUCCCUGAAAAGAGAGAAAACGUUUAGGGUAUUUAAAAAUGCCAGAAUAAGUUUCCAAACUUAGGUUUCUUUUUAAUCAUUGUGCAUGCAAAAAUCAAGUCAAGUUCUUGUUUGCUAAAUUGCAGAUCAUCUCUAGCAUGCGGUGGUGCUGAAUCAAUAUAUUUUCUUUGGACAAAGGGCUGUUGAGUGGGUUCUGCCUGCCACCUGGUGACUAAGAACAGGAAAUGCACCAGUAGUAUCAAGAAAACAGGAGUUAAUUCAUUGCCAUUGACCUCAGCCAAAUUCCUGUUCCCUUUCUCAUAGCUCCUCUGUUCUUGUGAGUUUUUCUGCUGCCCCUGUGAAUUACUUCCAGUCUUGAUUUUUCUCUCCUCCUGUUUUUUUUUUUUAAAAAUGGUGAAGGGGUAGAGAGAGCUGUUGUUUCUCCUUUCAAGCUGCCUCUUUCCCUUGUUUUCCCCCUUUAAUUUGCUACUGCUUUCCCUCCCUCCUGCUGUAGAGUUGGAAGCCUCAAGAGUCAUCAAGCAGGAAUCCCAGCUUGUGAAUUAGGGAAUACAUUUGGGUGCUACUGUGCCACAUGUUUUGAUAGCCUUUCUUAGGGCUUCUGCCUCAAUGGACAAAGAUGUUCCUGGCCAGCCCUACUUACUCUUUGGUUGGGCAAGCCCUGAGCUCCCAGUCCCACCACCCACCAGUUUCUGCUAAACUUCACAAGUCUUCCAGGGAGCCAGAUAAGCCCCCUCCCCCAUGGCCCUCCUUAACCCCCAGUCUUCUCUUAAGACCCGCAUGUGAGGGGAGCUCCAAACUAAAGAAGCAGAAAGCAGCAGCCGUGGCUUUUCCUGAGGUUCAGGACCUGCCUCUCUUGCCUGCAACACCACUGUGGUCCUCUGGCAUUGCACACCGUGAGGCAUGACAACCAAGCCAUUCAGUGACUUGUAUGACAUCCUGUCUGCUGCAGGGCCAAUUUGCCCAAGAUGAGGAGCAGCUCUCAGAGGGUGAUUUGCAGGUUAGAGCCAAUGUGGCAAUAUGCUAACCAAUGCUAUCGUGUUGGCUGUAUUAUGUUUAAUUUGGCCUUCCUUCCUAUUGAAGUCAAGGAGGCUCCAUUCUGCCCAGUGGGGUCAGCAUUAGGCCUGGGCAAUAUAUUGGCCCGAAUAUAAGCCGCACCGUUUUUUCCAAAUUCCGACCGUGAAAAGUGCAGCUUAUAUUCACGACCUUACAAAAAGAAUCCAGUAUGCAGCCAUGAGUGUGGGGUAAACAGCGGCAGGAGCGCUGCGCAGCGACGCCCGCCCCACACGUAGCCCCCCAUCCUCUCCCCCAAGGCCAGGAAGGGAGAAAGCGAGGAAGGGAGUGGCAUAUUCAGGUAUUGUCUUUUUUCUUUCUCCUCCAAUACUUUUAAAUGUGCGGCUUAUAUUCCGAUGCGGCUUAUAUUUGGGCCAAUACAGUACAUCACCCGGGACCAAUCUGAGGACCAUCGUGCUCUGGCCCUCAAACUGAGGGAGGAACGAGCUGUGAUGUGCCGUAGCUGAUGCAGCACGUUCUUCAAAGGCUCCAAAGUGAAAAGGUUUGGGAAAGGCUGGAUUGCAAUGUAAACAGCAGAAUCUGAAUCUUCACGUAACUUUUUAAAUGCAUGAAUCUUUAUCCUAAUUCGUAACCUGAAAAUUGCAGCUUAGCAAAAUGAAACUGGUUGGGUUUUUUGUUUUUUUGUUUUCCAGUUCUACAAAUGCUUUCUGAUGCUUUUCCACUGCCAACCUGCUUCAGCGGCUGACGGAGAAACCACCUGCCAGUCAAAGGUCACAGUCAUCCAACUGAACCGGAAAGCAGAAGGUGGAACCGCUAGGCAAGCGCUUCCCCAAAUGGACGAGAAAAUGGACCGCCUUCUGAGCCCAGAGUCAAGCCCAGAGCCUGUUUCAGACAGCCCGCCACAGAUGUCCAAGGAAAAUUCAUUCUUGUGAACGAGUGCAAGCUGUUGCCUAAUCCAUCUAUAUCAUAUAUGUUACAGUUUUAUUGCCAGCUUGCUUUGUUUACCCCUAAGGAAUCCGCUGUGCAUUAAGCAGGAACAAAACGUGUUGCUAUUAACUGUUUCUAACUCUGAAUCAAGUAGGAAUUAUGUGAUUAUAGCACCCAAAAAAAAAGAAAGAAAAAAAGACUGGUGCUCUAGAUGUGCAAGGGAAUAAUGUAUUAUUGCUGCUUGAAGUUAACGGUAGAUGCCUCAAUGCUCAUUCUGUUGGGGUUAGCUCCCUCCGCCUCAGCUUCACAAAAUUCUCAUUCUAGAUCUUUGUAACCUGAUAAGCACUGACUGCUAGAAUAGUUUUCAAAUGUGUACUAAGUCACAGUAUUAACUGGUUUUUUAAAGAGUAGUAAAUAUGCGCUAGCUCACACAUCUGCUGGUUCAUACUGAGGCUGGUAAUAAGCUUUAAAUAUUCCGAUUCACUUUCACAACACAAAAUGUAGAUCUCCCUUCUCAAGCAAGCACAGUGAUUUAGUAUCAGUCAGAUUUGGAGGGGGCAGGGUUAUAAAGAACAUCAUCAUUGUUAUUAAAUGAUGAUGGGACAGCAACUUCAUUUUAGCCAAUAUAUGCGCACCAAGAGAUAGCUCAGUCGGUUGAGCAUGAGACUCUUAAUCACAGGGUUAUGGGUUUGAGCCCCAUGUUGGGCAAGAGAUUCCUGCAUGGGGGGACUAGACGACCCCCACAGUCUCUUCGAAAUCUACAUGUGAAGAGGCCACAUGUACAAAUAACCUACAUAUUUAUGGUUUUAACUUUUAAAAAAACAUAUUGGCCCCAGGUUAGAAAUCUACAGCUGUAACAGGAAACUUCAUUUUAAUUACUGUUCAAGUUAUCCCUACCAGUAUGUGCUUGCUACUGCUUUUGUAAAGCACACUCCCAUGCCUAAGAUGUCAACACGGACAACACUAUCCUCAACCCUUGCUCACCGUUAGGUACCUGAUGUGAAUCUGUUUCCCACUUCCCCCUGCCUAAUAUGUAUUUCUUAAAGGUGAAAUAAUGAAGGCACAAAUGCAGACAAUUCCAACAAGUGGGAGGCAUCUAAAGAAACCGGUGAGGCUGCAUAAGGAGCUUGAAGAUGAGGUGAGAUUUAAGGAGGGCAUGUAUUAAGAAAUGAAAGAAAGGGAAAUCACGAAGGAAGAGUAUACACAUGUAGCCAACAGUUGCAGGGGGAAUGUCCGGGGUGGGGCAAAGCUCAGAAAGAAGCUCAGGCUUGGGGAAAAAGUUAAAAAUAAUUAUAAAGAUUUCUUCGGCUGUGUUUGAAGCAAGAGGAGGAACAAGCAAGUACAGUGGUACCUCUGGUUAAGAACUUAAUUCGUUCCGGAGGUCCGUUCUUAACCUGAAACUGUUCUUAACCUGAGGUACCACUUUAGCUAAUGGGGCCUCCUGCUGCCGCAAGAUUUCUGUUCUCAUCCUGAAGCAAAAUUCUUAACCUGAGGUACUACUUGCGGAUUAGCGGAGUCUGUAACCUGAAGCAUUUGUAGCCCGAAGCGUUUGUAACCCGAGGUAUCACUGUAGUAGGUUCUCUGCAGUGCCCAACCCGGCAAUAGCAGAAUGAAUGAUGCAAGAAGGAAGCUGCAUCCCAAAAUAGAAAAAGAGGUUGUAAGGGAACACCUAGUUACUUUAAAUGAAUUCAAAUCUCCAGGGCCCAAUGAGCUACACCCAAGGAGCUUGUGAAUGUAAUCUCAGAGCCUUCGUCUAUAAUCUUUGAGAUUUCUUUGAGAACAGGUGAGGUCCCUACAGACUGAAGGUGGACAAAUGUAGUCCCCAUCUUCAAAAAGGGCAAAAGAAGAGGAUUCAAGGAACUACUGAGUGGUCAAGUUGGGCAUGUUCUAUAGAAUCAUAAAACUGUAGAGUUGGAAAUGACCACAAAGCCAAUCUAGCCCAACCCCUUGCAAUGCAGAAAUCUUUUGCCCAAUGUGGGGCGUGAACCUGUGACCCUGAGAUUUAAGAGUCUCAUGCUCUACUGAACUAUCCCAGCAGUUUAGCCUGGAAAAGAGAAGACCGAGAGGAGAUUAUGAUAACCAUCUCCAAGUAUCUUUGGGCUGUCACAUGGAAAGCAGAGCAAGCUUGUUUUCUCAUGCUGGGGAAGAGAAGGACCCGAAGUUCAAGUUACAAGAAAGGAGAUUCUGACUCAACACCAGGAAAAACUUUCUAACUACAAGAACUGUUCAACAGUGGAACGGACUCCCUUGAAAGCUGGUGGACUUUCCUUCCAUUGUAGACUCUCAUACAUGGCAAUGACAAUCCAUGCACCAUUACACAGAAUUAUCUUCUACAUCAGUGUAGGAUUUGUCAGCCAAAAACAGUGCAAUGUUCAGCUACCUAUGUCACAAGCUUUUAUCGCACAGCUAUGUAUUUAGGAAUUUUAAACAAUGGUUUGAAAUUAGCUCAAUAGCAGAAGAUCAAACUCUUGGGAUUUUGGGGUUUGUGUUGAAGUUCUUUUAUCAGAAUUAAAUAAAUGUUUAAGUUCGUUGUAUGAAUAGUAAAUAUAAAUGGAUAUUAACGAUUCUAAAAAAAAAAGGAAGAAAUUUAAUUUGUCCUUGGCAAUUUUAAUUACUCAAGAGCUUUUCAACUUCCAGCAUGUAUCUUUGUGCAAUGCAAUUACACUAUGUAAUUAGCAAGAUAAUUAAAAAGUCAUUUCCAGAAGAUUGGAAGUACACAAGAAUGUAAUUUCAUUUACCUUAUUGUACCAACUGUUUAGUAUGAAAGAAAUAAUAUAUUUUGAAAAGUGAUUGGGAUUCAGCUCAGCUUCUAGUUUAGCAGAAACUCGAUUUUGAGAACAUUUUGAAUGCUGCAUAUUCCAGAAACUAAGCACUAACAAUUCCUGCAACUUUCAUUCAAAACUAUGUAGUAGCCAUAAAACUUCAAAAUACAUAUGUACAAAUGAUCACAGCAAUAUUUGCAAAACCGUAAGUGUUCUGAUUCCCACGUGGCAAACUGACCAGAGAAGUUCCACAACAUGGAAUCCUUUCACAUUCUCUUCAUUGGAGGAAAACUAAUCUUUAUGCACACCCAUUGACAUGAAUCAUAGCUGCUUUUUCCAUUGAAAUUAAAAAAACAACAACCUGUAGACCUACAUCUGUAAACGUUGGCAAUAUAAUCACAAAAAUUACCUAUCGUUUCAAAAUAUAUACUGGUUCCCAGUCCAAGACUGGCAUGUUUUAUUUAUAAGUUAAAAAAAGAAGUAAAAAUAAGACCACACUAAUUUGCCAUUUUGCAGCAGAUCUUUUGUGCAAAAAUGAUGUUCUAAACAUGCUAUCACAGACUUGUAGAGUUGAAAUGGGCCCCGAGGGUAGUCUAGUUCAGUCCAGUCCCCUGCAAUGCAGGAAUCCCAACUAAAUCAUCCAUGACAGAUGGCCAUCCAACCUCUGCUUUAAAACUUCCAAGGAAGAAGAGUGCACUACUUCUUGUAGUCUGUUCCACUGUUGAACAGCUCCUACUCUUGGCAAGUUCUUCCUGAGGUUUAGUUGUAACCUUGUAACUUGGAUCCAUUGGUUCCAGUAGUUUACACCUGGGUUUUCUUUUCCCCCUUGUUUUGAAGAUGGGGACAACAUUUGCCUGCCUCCAGUCUUCAGGGACCUCACCUGUUCUCCAAGAAUUCUCAGAGAUUAUAGAAAGAGGCUCUGAGCUUACAUUAGCAAGUGUCUUCAGCACCCUUGGGUGCAGCUCAUCAAGCCCUGAAGAUUCGAAUUCAUUUAAAGUGGCUAGGUGUUCCCUUACCACCUCUUUUGCUAUGUUAGGCUGCAGCUCCCUCCUUGAAUUGUUCUGUUAUCACCAGGUUGGGCACUGCUUUCCUUUUGGGUGAAGACAGAGGCAAAGUAGGUGUUGAGCAAUUCUGCCUUCUCCCUGUCACCCAAUAGCAUUACUCUGUCUUCUCCAUACUGCCCCCUUAUCUGAGCCAGGGGUUCUUCAUGCACACAGUGAAACAUCCUUGGAGCAUAUAGCUCAUUCCCUAAUUCCUAGAAGAGAAAGUAGCCCUGAAAGUUUUCAGAUCUUGAUAUUUUCUAAGCUUAUUUGAGAAGAGCGUUUUUGUGGGUGCGUAUGUGUGUGCACGCACACACACUAAUAAAAGUUUGUUAGCAUCAUCUGUAUCUUGGUUCCCACCACUGAUUCAAACACUAUUCCAUCUAAGUCCAUUACGUGCACAAACGUUUACAUUAUGCCACCUGACUACAGCUAUGUUUUAGGCAUGGCUUGUGAUUCUCAAGCCUACACCUGCUUCUGGUGCUUAAAUCUAUUUUCAUAUCUAUGUGGGGUUUUCUCUCUGUGUGCUUGUGUGUGUACACACAGCAGUCUUACAUAGCUAUUUCAUAAUAGUAUUGCUUGUUCCAUCAUGUCAGUUCUUGCACAAACAGGGAGCAGAUAUAGUGCUACCAAGAAGCUCUGUUGUAUUUUUGUUAUGUCAUGUUACCUCUGGAACCCUUUAACAGGAAUUCAAUAAAAUAUUUUGUGGUUAGUUCACA